GGGGACAGAAACACACUUCCCACAGCCUACUCACACUCUCCAUUUUUCAGUCACAGUCUCUGAGCACACCAGUGAGUUGGUGUGAGUCAUCUGCCUCCAAACGCCCCGCUAUUCAGCUUCACUUUGAAGAGAACAGCAUGUGUGCAAGGGAGCCAGUGCCUCUAGUUGCAUUAUUUCGAGGCAACAUUUUGAAGAUUCAUGCAAACUCCUUGUUCAUAUGCAUGCUAAUUUGAUGCUUGUGUGUAGGGUUUUGUGUUGCAGGCACAAUUGCACAUUUCGUGACAUCAAGUGUUCCUCUUUUGUUACCUGAGAGGUCACCUGAACAUCCCUGGGAGUUUAAACAGUUAGAAAGGAUGUUUCCACUGUAAACACUUUUGCAGCUUUAACAGUUGGUUCACAUACAGCUGCUUAGAUCUCUUUGUGUUGUGAUUUAUUAUUCAUUGGCACAUUUGGCCGUGCAGCAGUAAUUGCACCAUGCAGCAGCAGCGCCUGCAUCUGAUAGAGCACAAAUGAAUAAAUAAAUCUAGAUAGCAAAACCAUUUGAACGUUCGACGUUUACUGAUGAGGCAAUUAAGAGAACAGCGCACAAACACGCAACCUGCAUUACACUGACUUAUCCUUUCACAGCACAAUGACACAAACUACAAACUGUAUUCCUUCUCUCACAUGCAUUCAUUAUAUAGAGGAACAUUUACACUUUAAUUUAACAUGCAUGUUGAACAGUCUCCAUGCUUCACCCACAGGCCUGUUAUAUUGCUCACUGGGCAAGUAAUAGCUGACUCUCUGCAUCAAGGCUACAUUUCUCUCUGCACUGCUUUCUCGAUUUUACAAGCAAAAUCAGAUGGAAAGAAACAAAUGUGCCCAAAAUAUAGACUUCCUUUUGUUAUCAUACAACAAACAGUGGAUUAAAACAUUAAGGGAUCACAUGAUCUUGGACUGGGACAGCAAUCAACCUGUGAAUAAUCACCAUACAUUUAUCAAUCACUCAAUCAAUCAAUUUUUAUACAGCACCAGCUCACAGCAAUUGUUAUCUCAAGACACUUUCCAAAAGAGCAGGUCUAGACCAAACUCUUUAUUUGAUAUGUUACAAAGAUCCAACCUCAAGAUGGGAAAAGAUUGAGCCUUAUCUAGAAAUAUAAGACCCAUUCUUCACUCACCUUGAACCAACAUGAGUAUCUCAGAUUUUACGACUCCUCAGGUCAAAGAAACAAACCAUUAGAUAGUAACUGUCUUUGGCCAAGCUACACUAGGCUAACCUAGGCAGUUGUGGACCCCAUAUCUGCUAAAGGUAUUCAAUCAAUCAGUACAUCGGUUUUGUCUUAAGAACUGAAAUAAAAAAGUGUUAAUCCAAACUUACAAACAACAUCUUAAAACAAAGCACAUACCAUUCCCUCCAUCCUUUCAUUUUCUAUCAAAGUGGACUGCAUUAACUCUGACAGUGCAAAUAGAGACAGUAGUGGUGGGAUAAGCAGGGACUCUGUUGAAGUGUUAUUAUCUGAUAGGGGUUUCUGGUGUACUGAUAUACACUUCUCCUGCAAUCCUACAUAGAAGAGUCAUAAUAAGAGUAUCAAAAAAAAACAAAGAGGAAGAAGAAGAAGAAGAAGAGUAAAAAAGAGCAGAAGUGCUUCAUUCUUUCAGUGCACUUACACCUGUUUAAGACCAAAAUCAUUAUUAAAUAGUACAAACUGAUUACAGCCGCUAUCUAUUUGUGACCACCUGGAACACUACCCAAAACACCAGCUACAUGGUAUGAACAUCACCUCCUCCUGCCAGCUCACUCAGAGUGACGCUCAGAUUUCCUGCUGUGUUGUCACGUAACCACACCCUUGAGUUUACCCUGAAAAGGCACGGCAGGGCUGCUGGGAAAUAUCAUGGGAGUAGAGGCGAUAAAAUAUUUGGUCAUUAGAGAUCACGUAUGCUGCUUUGAUGAGUCAUUUUGGGGAGGUGUGAAAGAACGAUCAGAGAGACUGCGGUCAGAUCUCAAAUUUCAAAGUUAUGAGUCAAAGGGGUUGUGUUCGGUAUCCAUUUCUAUUUGGUCACGUUUUCUGAUUUUGGGCAAGACACUAAUCCACUAAAGAGAUUCAAGUUUCGUCCUCUGGCACUGAGUUAGAUGUGAAACCUUAAUUUGUUUAAUGGAAACUCAAAAACCCAAAUAUUGCUCACUUUCUGGAUCGUCACCUGAGGUCCACUGAGACCGGUGGAGGAGGUUUCAGUUUCUGUGUGUUGAACACGUUUUUCAUACUCUGUCUUCACCAACUGAUGACUACACGACAGUGAGUUGGUGGUGGAUAAUUAAGAUCUUAACACUGUGCUUCAAAUAACUCACAACACACACAGAUGUGUUUGUCUGAAGUAAUGUCUAGUUUUUCUACCAUUCAAAUGAAGAACUUCAGUCUUUCAUACUUACAAAUAAAUCGAAAGACACUGAUGUUCAUUUUUUAACUUAAAACUAUUGCAAGAAGCCUAGAACUGUAGCCUCGCUCCCACUGAGCAUUUUUUGGUCUAAAAGAGGUCUAAUAGACGUCUAAAUGUAGUCUAGACGGCUGGUCUAAAAUCAGGCUACCACAGGUCUAAAAAUGAAAGUUUUCAGACGUCUAAAUUUAGACCGGGUUUAGACUAGCCAGUUAACAGAGGUCUUCCAGUAUAUUGCUCAACGGCUAUCAUAAUUAUCUGCAUACCACAACACACCUAAAUGCCAAGUACUGAACACAAUAAAUGGAAUGAAACAGGUAAUAAAGACAGGGUAAUUUAUGCGAUGCUUUACUGUUUAACGAACAGUAAAGGAACAGGCAAAGCAUCCAAAACAAACAAAACUCGCACGGCAUCAAUGAUCACAAAGACAAUAACGUUUGAUUUUGAUACGUUUGUCUUUAUACCGCCACACAUCUGAACAGACUGUACAACUAAGGUAAACCACUCCCAAAUGUCAAGUACUGAACACAACAACUGAAAUAAAACAUAACAAAUAAUAAAGACAGGGUAAAACACACAUUAUGGAUCCAACAGUUGAUGUUAGGAUACCAAAACUUGUAGUCUACAGUAAUUGUUCAGUUGCUGUAAGGAGCAACCAUCUUGAAUUUUGAGCUUGGGGUUGCUGAGGUCAGUCUGGGUAGUAACUCUGACUUCAGGGGGCCUUCUAUCUAUGUUUUCUCUGGGUGUAUCUCAGAUUUUACGUCUCCUCAGGUCAAAGAAACAAACCAUUAGAAAGUUACUGUCUUUGGCCAAGCUACACUAGGCUAACCUAGGCAGCUGUGGACCCCAAAUCCUCUAAAGGUAUUCAGCUGUGUAGCCCAUAGACAGUAUAUAGAAUGGACAGUCUGCCUCCUCGCUUGGUGAAGCCACUCUGAGAACAGCACCCUCUGUUGAUAGGGUGCAGUAUAGGGCAUAAUUCCCGCCUCCACCAGCAAAGCUUAUGCGACUGUGGACAAACUUAGAAAUUUAUUACACAGAACAUAAAAUUUUCUCUCCCCUGCUUGUGAUGUUGACAUGUAGUUAUUGUAAGACUGGUUUGUGCUCAAGUCCUCUUUUUUCUGUGUGUCUCCGUUUUUAAAAGUUAUUAGGGGGUUCAUGUUUUCUAUGAAUGACACCUGACACAGCCCAUUGACGUUCAGGGAUUUCGUAGCUCACCCGGGGGAUACGCUGUUUGAGCUGGGCGUCACCACAGCAACUCUCGGCGACUCUCCUGCCAAAUGCGCGCAUCGCUACUGCGCAGCGCUGGUUUCAGGAAAUGAAGAAAACUCCCGGAAAUACAGAGAGCUAUUUGGCUUCAAAUCCGUAUACAGGCGGUAGGCGGAACCAAGUUGUCCAUAUUAUAUACAGUCUAUGGUGUUGCCCAGAGCCGGCCCAAGGCAUAAGCGAACUUAGCGCCUGCUUAGGGCCCCGCGGCCAGUAGGGGGCCCCCAAGAACAAUAAAAAUAAUAAAUAAUAAUUUUUAAAAAUAUUUUUUAUUUUUUGCAUGUAUGAGUGAUGCUUUCUGUAUGAUCAAAUAAAUAUAUUAUUGAUAAAAUAAAAUAAAGUAAAAACAUGUCCACUGAGUAUCCAAAGCGCAGGUAGUUGUGGGGCAAAACAAUGACGCCAAAAAGGACAUGUCCUUCAGGAGCAGAGAAAAGAAAGAGGAAGGAGAGAAAAAAGCCAAGAUAAACGUAUGUUUGCAUGUUAGGGAAUGUUAAUCAGAGAUUUUUGAAGGUGUGUGAGUGAUCAACAAUCAAUAUUAUUGGCAGAAAUAGAGGGCCCCAAAAUCAAAUUUUGCUUAGGGCCCCAUUGAGGGUUGGGCUGGCUCUGGUGCAGCCUAACAGUUUUGUCUUAAGAACUUACAUGAAAAAAUGUAAAUCCAAUCUGACAAACAACAUCUUGAAACAAAGCACAUACCAUUCCCUCCAUCAUUUCAUUUUCUUGUCCUUCUUGGUACAACCAACAGAGCUUUCUUCCCUCCUUUCCUUUCCUUCAGGCCAUCAAAGCCACCUCGGUGCCUGACUGGAAAAAUCAUCCCUCUCUGACUCCGCCCCUCAAACUCAGAUGUGGAUGCGAGAAAAAAGGCCAGCAACAGUGUGACAGACAACACAGCCCCUCCGCUCCGCACGGCGUAGUAUCUCCCCGUGAAAGGAGAGCAGAGGCGAGCCGGACCGAGCCGCAUGCUCGCUGUGCAACAAGGCGAUCAGGAGCGAAAUGGACCGGCGGACAACAACAGCAGCAGCAGAAGCAUCACCCAGUGAGGACCGACACCGAUUUUAGGUAAGGCUUUGUUCGAGCUCCGCAGCAUUUCCACACAGAUCUGAGCGCUUUGUGCAGGGCACGGGGGGGAGCUCAGGGAGAGGAUGUGCAUGCACGGUGUUCGGCUCAAACGAUCCAGCAUUUUGGGGUUUUUGUUUGAUCAAAGCUUUGCAGAAAAAAAAAAGAAAAAAACGUGGCACAGAAGCCUUUGUGUGCGUUACUUUGGACGGGAACACGGCGAUCAUCACUGGAGGCUCAUUUAACUGCAGCUCAUUCAGUCUCCGCGCGGGUCUUUAACAUCCACACACAUAAACACACAUCGAGAGAAAAUUGGUUUAUUAAACACGAGGGACAUUAGAGCUCCGCGUAGUUCCCUGUGCGUCUGUUAUUGACGUUUUCCUCUGUGAUGCUGUUAAGUCCUAAUCGAAAAAUCUGUUUUUUUUUUGUCUUUUAUAAAUGAAGAUACGGAGUUCAUUCACACUGAGGGGGGAGCCAGGCCCUGCACGCUGCUCUACAACUUGGGCAGAAGAUGCAGAGGUUGAUGCCUCCCCUGAUACUCACUUAUUGUAGAGCAGCUUUAUGCAUAUGCUGUCAGUCAUGCAAAAUAAGAAACACAAGCCUUCAGGGCAACACAUCAUGCCUCAUUAUUCUACCUUUUUACAUGUGGCGUUGUAUAUUUAUGCAGUGGAAGAUUAAAAGUAGCUUAUCACCUGAAUGCUUUUGUCUUGCAGCAAAAAAAAGGUAGUCACAAGUGAAAAUGAAAUCAACUACCGGAUAAUGGCACCUUAUGUUCUAAUAUGAAUACACUGACAAGGGGAAAUGGCUUGCAUGCAUCUGUGUCUCUAUUUGUCAUGCUAAAAAGUUGCAUUAUGGCUGCAGGUUUCUAACACUAACAUGCAGCAGCUUGAAAUAUGUUUAUUUCACAUCAUUACACUUUCAUAUUCACACAGCUGCACUUCUUAGUCGAGGCAGGCUUUUGUUUGGAGCUGUUUUAAUUAGUGACAGCCAGAUACCAUCUCAGCUUUUCUGACCAAACGUUGUAAGUUGAACACAAGCGCCGUUCCCAUUUGCCUUCACAUCACAGGGCUGCGGCUGCGGCUUCUGAAAAGCAAAAGAAAACAUGCAAGUGUCAAGGGUAAUUAAGUGUGCUUCUUUGUGUGUGUGUUUAUGUGCUGGGGGGUUGCAAUGUGUUGUAUGGUGUGUGUGUGUGUGCCCUUUUUGAAGUUGUCUGACACCAGCCAACGUGAAACUUGAGGUUUCUCACUUUGUUGUCUGCUGAGACUAAUCUCAUAUUCGCAGAAACACAUGAUCACGUCACUUUUGAGAACAGCAGCGAAGGUCAAGAGCCACCUAACUCUCAUUACAAUAACCACACACACACACGCGCACGCACAGCCACACACACACACACAUUUCUCUGUGGUCCAGUGCAAUCAAAGGAACCAAUCUGUUCUUUGUGUUUUCUCCUCAGGCUGCAUGAAAAAGAAAAUACAAAGCGUCUCUCCAGGUUAUGGUGACAUUGCGUCAAGAAAGUGUCGUUUUGUUUGUAUGUGCAGCAGCUGAAUAAUUGCAUUCCCGCUAGUUUUUAGAGCUGUGGCAGUGAGGACAAAAGUUGAAGCAAGUAGACAAUGUUUUUAGCCCGAAGAGUGUAGCAGAGGAGACACACAUUACAUAAAGCUUAAGCUAAAUAAUUCAUCUCUUCCAAGCCUGAGCUUUUUCUUUCAUAGUGAGUGAACUAUAGACGCUACUACCCUCUCUAAUGAUGCAUUAUGAAUGUGUUGAUGGUUACCUUGUAAAUGCACAUUCUGUUCCUAACACCGAUGUGUGAAAGGGUUCUCGCUGAACAUCUGCAUUACUGCCUUUACACAUAAAUAUCUAAUUACUGCCGGCACCUCUUUGUCUCUGCAGCUGGAUGUUUAUUGUCUGAAAUGGGGCGCCUUCAUACUGCAAGUGCAGACAGAGCACAGGUGUGUAGGAGAGCCGAAUGCACUAACAUUGUUCCACUAUUUCCCUACCAUGCUCAGCCAUUACACAGGAGUCCAACUGCCAUUUCACAUGCAUCCCUGUUUGUGGAAAUUUUCCACUAAUCUCAGAAUUUUCUUAUACGAAGUGACUAAAAAUCAGCUCAGCAGUUUUUUCCUUUGGUACUUUCCCAUAUAGAUUGGAAAUUCUGGAAAGAUUAAAUUGAAAUAGAGUUUGUCAGCACACUGAAGACUUUUGAGCUCAUAAAAUCCGAUUUAUUUCCAUUAAUAUGUCUGAAUUAGGAUAAAAAUAUGUGCUUCAGAUGACUUGUUAAACUGCAACAGACUAGUCUCUGCUGACAGAUUCUACACAAAUUGAAAAUACCCUGUAAACAACAUAAUCUUGUGGUUUCCGUCUCACCUGUUUUGAACUUUAUUGCUUGCAUUAAAUUUCAAGAGAAAUUGUUUUCAUGCUUCAUACUCUACACAGCUCCUUCAGUUGCUUGUGUUUGUUUUCUACUCCUGUAUUUGUAUAGCAGAAAUCUCUUUGAACAUAUAGUGGUUUUAACUUCGAAACAGUCACCAUCAGAGAGGACUCAUCCUCCCUCCCCUUCAUGCUCUACCCAGGCGGACUUCCUCACCUUGAUCAAACGAGUUGUUUCAGGUUGUGAGACCAGGGUCAACAUGUACCAUCUCUGACUCUGAGGGGAACCUAUAAAAGGCAGUUUUGAUAUGUUAGAUGCUCUGCAAUUGCGAAGAAAGGGUGAGAUUGUGUGUUAAAGGUGCAAAAGAUGAGUAAAGCCUCGAUCUGCGUUUCAUCGUAAAUCACCUUGCUCUGAUUAUUGAGUUCAAAUGCACGGUGGUUGGAGGACAAAACACUUUUGGUGAUACUCUCCGAAAAUUCUUACUGAUGAAAUGCAUAAUUGCUGUUUGUGACAACCUAUUAAUGCAGAGUAGUUAAUCAGCGAUUGACCCUCUGAUUAGUGUCGGGCCAGAGAGAGUGUGAGCGGAGAGGUGAUUUAUGUGGGAGAGAGUGUAUGAGGAGCCAUCCUUGAUCAGAUAAGUUAAACGUAAUUAUAUUAGAUGAAUCCCAGUGGUCAUUUGAAUUUCGUUGAUACUGGACAUUACAACGCAUCUGAAAAUGCUGUUUCCUCCAGAGGGGGCACAGAUCAUUGUGUCGAAAGCGUCAGUGUUUACAGAAUCCCUGGACAAAAGGGAGCUGUUUGAAGGAGCGCAGACUUCCUGUCUCUGCAGACAGAUGUGACAGUUGAUCAUUUCAUCAGCAGCACAGCGAAGCAGCUUUUUAACACGGCAUCAUUAGAGCUCGCUUGUCCGAUGAGUCUCAUUGAUUGAACAGUAAGAUGAUACGGCCAAUCAUGAGGACAGGGUCGGGAACGGUCAUCUUAACAUGACUCAAGUGAAGAUCAUCUUUUGAAGCUGACAGAAUGAGCUUGUGAGGAAAUUUACACAUGAGCAUUUACUGAAACUCAUGUGUAUGUCUGCUUGGAUGAAUAUCAGUCUAUUUCAGAUUGAUAUUUAAAUUUUGGGUAAGGAGGUGUGUGUUUCGUUGUCCCCAUCUGUUGUUAAUGAUGCAAGUCGGCACAUUUUAUUGAGGUAGGCCUGAAACUCGAGUCACAGCUACUGCCACAUUGCUUAGUUUCUCUGCUACUUGGAUGUAAACAAGCACAGAUGACGGAUGGCUCAGGUUGGUGUUAUUUUGAUCUGGACAGUGGAGAUAAUAUUGUAUGUGUUAAAUGACUUAUAUGUAAGUGUACAUGGUGGUUCUUGCAAAUAGUUUGGAUUAACAAACUUGACAUUGUUUACCCAAAGACCCCAUGUUCAGCCAUAUUUGAUAAUUCAUGCUCACUGUUUCUGAAUGUUUUCUCAUCUUUAAGAAUCACAUGUUAGCUAGAAAAUUAGUUGCUUUCUGACAUUAACAAUUUUGAGGAUUGUACCAUGAUAGAAAACAACCAAACUGAACCAUGAAUACAUGUUUUUGUAGACAGCAAAUCUCAGUUUCACACCCCUGUCAAUCCCUUUUGUAUCAUAAUGUGAUUAAUUGAUGUAAAAGUAUUACUGCCAUAAUGGACAAUUCUGUUGUAUGAUCGUAUCAGGCUGAUAUGGGGCAAUGUGGUUGUAUCUAUUAAAAAAAUACAGCUUUUAUAGGAAUUUCUGUUAUUUGGCGCACUGUUCAAUUUGUACAGGUGACUUACUAAGCCAGAAUCUACACUAGAGUGAAUGAAAAGCCACUUAACACACCAAAAAAGGUGAUUUUUUUUCCACUCCAAAAUGUUUUGGAUUUUGCUUCAUAGCCUUUAUAGAAACGACAGGGCCAGACUUUCCAGCCAACACUUGAGCUUCCUAUUAGAUAAUGGUAAACUCCUCAUGAUUUUUUACAGUCAGCUGAAGCUAAGGUUUCCGCCUCCAGACAGCAUGUGUGGACAUACAGUGCAUGGAGGAGAGGAGAGACUGCAUGGGCAGGGCAGUCUGGGAAGGUGGAGGUGUAAUUUCAGAUGUGUGCUAACCGGCCAGAGCAGCAGUUAUCUGAGCUCAGCCUUCAAAGUAAGAGCGCUGGAGUCAUCAAGACCAGCUGUGCUGCUCGCUCACUCCCCACGCUGUCUGAGUGUGGGAGCACUUUGAGGACAGGAGAAACACAUGGACGUCUAUGCUUCUUAUAACCAUCUCCACUAGAUUGUAAAUUUCCUACGAGGAGUUGUUUAAGGCUCUCAUGUCCGUGUGUUGACGUAUACUUCUUAUGUUGAGUCGUCUUAAAAGAGACAUGGGAUGUUUGAGCAGCUUACUUUGGCGUAGCUUUCAUAGUUGUGCUAUAAAUCUCUCAUAGGCCGCUAAUCUGAAGCUGUGUUUAGAAGUAAGUGCCCGGAGUUCAGACAGAUUAUAGAGAGGUUAAGCUGUCUGAAAAUGGCUGUAGUGCUGUAGAUUAGAGGACUUGUACUUUCACGAGCCAAAACAUAUUUUUUUUUUACAAAUACAACAGCCAGUAUGUGAAACUCUGAUAUAGUCAAGUCCUAUCGGCAUCUUUUCCUGCAGCACUGGCAUUAGCAUUUGUCAGAAAAUCAGCUCUUCUUUUGCAGAGAAAUGUAAUCUUUACUGCCUUAACUUCAUCCCCGUCCUUGUGUCCUAAACACGGGUGAGUAAGUCCUUUUACUGAUGAAUUCCUUCUUCGGAAACAAGCUGGGCUGAGGUCACUGUAGGUGUCAGAGGCCAACGAGUUUUACACCCGAAGUUACAAGCACAUUUAUGUCCAUUCAGCUUCUUCGAGAAGGCCAACUGAGAGUGAAAUGAGCUUCAAGAAGACUUUCUCCACUUCCUCACAUCAAACGCCUGCCCGCUGUGGGCACUGCGGCGCUCCCAGCUGUAUUUAUGGGCCAUAAUGUGAGGUGUACAGCUGCAUUUCCUUCACAGGACCUUGCUGCUGGCAGGCUGUAUUCUUGCUAGGCUCUGUGCACCGUGAAAGCCUGUCAUCAAGAACCGCUGCCCUGUGUGAUUUAUCAGAAUAGGAUGUGCUCGGAGGGUCAGGAUGAUUCAACUCUCCCCGGCCACAGAGUUUCCAUCAGACGUCCUUUUCUAGUUUAAGUGGAGGUUACUUUUAGAGCCAAACAUAAACGUCAUUCCUGUCUUUGCAACUGUGACUUCUGAGGUGUGUUAAGUGCAGUGUUGGUAGAUUGAAACUCUCCUGUUCAGACUGUCUGGAACUGAUGACUUUCUCUCGUCCGUUACUCACUCUGAAUGAGUCACAGGCUUGUUUCCCUCUCAAGGGCUAUGUCAGUGGUGCUGCUUUUGAAAUUAAACAUGUCCUUUGCUCUGGUAAUUACAAGGUGCAUGAGCACUUCACAUGAUGCUCUGACUGAAGAGGGGGGUAAUUGGCAAUGCAGUGUCCUUGUCCAGGUGUCAGCCCCAUGUUACGGUAUGGAUGUCUGCAUUUCUCUCAGCAGAUUGGAGCCUCAACUUUGCAGCAUGUAGACCCCGUUGUUUCCUCCCUGCACCGUGGAUCAGGUGUGAAUUUCUUGCAGCAGAUGGACUGUGACAGGUGUGUGCCAGACACUUCCGCCUCCCUGCACCUCUCAGAGAUUAUUGGGUGUAGUUGCCUCUCUGGAGCAAGAUUAAUGAGUGUCUAAGCACACUUUUUGCAAAAAUAGACAUUUUUGUGGUGGAGAUAUAAUCAGUGCAGUGGCUGAGAGAGGAUAGCAGGGGACAGGACAGACUUAAUCUGCCUCAGCGGGAUCAGUCUUUAAUGGAGUUAGUUCUUUCUGCUUUGACCUUGCUGGACCCGGCAUCACAGCAGCGUGAAUCCAUCCCUCAUGAGUCCAACUCUGCUGCCACCAAGAGAGCCGGGAUGAAAGAUGUCGAGCUUGUUUUUCUUCUUUGAUCAUUUCUCAAAAAGAAGACAGAGUUGUGAGCUUUUCCUGCUUUUGUGUUUGUGACACAUAGACGGCAGCAGACAAACCUUUUCUUGUGUGAAAACAUGAAAAAUGUGUUUUCUCUUCUUCAGCCACUGAGGCUGUAAAACUGAGUGAAAAAGUGACACAAAUUGCAGGAGACUUAUUUUUUCAUAGUUUAACAUGCACAUUUCUUACUUUACUUUGUCUUCAAGAAUUUAAAACAAACUUAAGGCUGAAGUCGUGAUUUCUCAGUCUGGACCAACCCCAUCAAAAUAAAUGUGUUUGGUGUUCUGACCCCCAAUUUAAACCGCACCCAGAACAGCUGCACUACAGAACGGCGGCGUUUCUAAGGCGAAUUUCAUGGCGGAUUUCGAACAACGGGUUUCGCGAGAAGUCACAAGAACCUGCGGAUUCACGUGCAAUCGCGCGAUAACAAGUUGUCUCUAUUAAGACAGCCACGUAACCAUAUAAGCAGUGUGUACUCCAAGAGGAGGAAAUCCUCUUCUAGACUUCUAAAACCAGCAUCUCCUCAUCCAUGGUGUCAACAGGGUGAAAAAUGCUGAAAUGAAAACCUUUCAAUUGUUCAUCCCUGUCCGUUUGCAUGGUGUGAACUACAAUCCGCCUGAAACAUGUAGUGUUUCAUUAUGAGAAGAAGCCAGAUGUUUUAUUUUGUGUCUGUGCCGGACUUCCUUUCCAGCACUGGCUGAUCUGUGCUGAAUUAUUGCAGCAUGCUGUGGCAUCCGGAAAAAAUAGAACUCUGGUGAUUGGCUGCAGAGUCCGCCGAACUGCAGCGGAACAGAAAGAAGCUGGUGGAAAUUGACACAUUGAACGAUCAGCUGCGAUUGGCGCAUACUGCCUUGUCGCAGCUGUUCUAGAUGUGGUGGAAACUGGGGUUAGACCCUUACUUUUUAUGUUCACACGUGGAAGACCACUUCCCCUCUGUUUCUGAGCUAGCAUGAGCGAAUUAGUGACAAUCAGACAUGAUGUCAAAGAAGGAUCUGGUGUGGGGGCAGAUUGCAGAGGUGUUUGUGUAGAAAUCAGUAAGAUAUGACAGACUGAAGCAGUUUAAUAGAGCGUCUAUUUUGAGAUUUCGUACCUGGACAUGUUGAAGGUGAUUGACUGAGCUGUCAGCUGAUAUGGGCUUCUAUCAGUAAAUGCACUGAUGGCCUGGCUUGACUUUGUGAACUGCCUAAACCAAGGAUAUUUGCAGGUUGAUGGGCAAAAUUCCUGGAUGUAAUGUUUGUUUUGGUUGUUCUGCCUGUGACUUCAUUCAUUAAUUAAUUGUAAGUGCUUUGUUCAGCCUGCCACACACUACAUCAUAGUGGCUGAAUAACUGAGCGACAGAAUAAACCUGUUUCCCUGAAGGCAUUCAGGGGAGCAUGAAUAUUGGAUUUUCACUCACCAGGUGGACACAGAAUGGUCAUUAGGAAUUAAUAAAGUACAAAUACAAGAGUGCUGCUCUUGAAUGAAUAACAAAUAUUUUCAGGUGCUCUUUGCGUUGAGGUGCACGCAGUCAUAAAACACUUGAUAAUUGCCUGGCAUUGCCCUGGAGUCUGAUUUUAUGGCGUUGCUUCAUGUCCGCUGGCUGUGUAAUUAGACAGCUGUUUGCUAAUAGCUUUAAUUUAUCAUCUCGACUAAAAAGUUUCAAUGUCACUCUGUGAAAGUGUGGUCCAAAGUUAUAUCCACCAGUUUACUUAGCUAAGACAUGACCUCUCAUUCCAGUAUUGAGACCAGUGUCAUCACCCUGUUAGAGUAACACUCAUCUUGUCCUGCAUCACAUUCAAGUUCCUGCAAGUUGUCAGACAGAACCAGACAUGUCUGGUUUCCGUUUUUGAACAUAAGUGGUCCACACUUUCUACAUUUAGCCCCUGAGCUUCUGAAACUGAAAUUAAACUCAGUGUUUGAUUCUGUUUGUGGUUGUAGUUUGUGCUUCAUAUCGGGUUUCAUAGUGCUUCCCUGCAUAGCUGUACUUAGCUAUAUGCGUGCGUGCAGUCAUGCAUCGACAUGCUCCUGUGAGUGUGUGUGUGUGAGUGUGUGAAUGUGUGUGUGAUUGGCAGGCAGUGGGAUGGCUGGAAUGAGCUGUAUCGCCUGCAGUGUGUGCUCAGCUCCGCAUGCUAGGUGCCAGUGGUGAGAAGCCGGCUGAUCUGCUGCUGCUGGUACUUUGUCACAUUUCCACACACUGAUAGAACCACACUAAACACGGCAACUACACGCAUCCACAUUUUGCUCUCACGGGCAGGGAUAUAGUAGUGGAUGCAAUAUUUAUUCUCUUCUUUGCGUGGGUAAAGGUAGGACGCUGGGAUGAAUGACUUGAGAACAAACGCAUAUAGACACAGACAGUCAGUGGAGCAGUGUCUGCACUUACAUCUGCAUGCACAGCAGCGCACGUGAAUGUAGGUCACAGAAUGAGGCAGAUGUGGGGGAAGGAGGGAAGGUGAGCGCUGGAAAUGGAAGUGAAGGGAGGAGGAAACCUUUCAUUAUGUCAUCAUGUCGGGGCAGCUCAGGAUUAAGGUUUUUAGAGACAUACAGAAAGGCUUUAACCCUUAGAUUUCAGCUUUAGAAAUUAAGUCAUAAUUCUUCUAUCAGUUUGAGAAUAAAUGAACAUAAAAAUGUCUUCUUCUUCUUUUAGUGUCAGAGGCUGGGCAGCAGAAUUAAGUGCAAUCCCAUAUGUGAAACAGAGUGGAAGUCGUAUAAAACAGCUGGCUAAUUGUCUGUUACUCUCGACAUCUCCCUGUCCUGCUCAUUCGCAUGGACCCAGGUAGCGAGCCGUUCAGUCUACAAUCUAUUCUUAACAGCUGCACUUUGGGCCUUCAAGAUGUGAUGAAGUGCACCGGACCCGUCGGAGAGCUCGGACGCUGGCAGUAUAAUUACGCAGGGCGAAGUCUGAUGUCCUACACGCUAAUAACCUCAUUGCCUCCUGAGGCUAAAGCAGGAAAGCAGGAUAGCGGGGGGUUCAUUAAGUGAGAGGAAAAGAGACAUGGUUCAUUUAGUCUGUGCAUCUGCUUCUGCUUUGAGCUCCAUAUUAUCACGUCUGAUGUUCCUGUUUCAAUAAGCCUUUGCUCCGCUUUCAUUUUUCUUGUCUGAUCUGCAAUCACACACAUUUUAGACCCGACAUAUUUUAAGAAAGUGCAACCACGUUUAGUACAAUGAAAUGUUAUGGUUUGUAUCAAAGCUGUUCCUAAAAAUGGCACAGGAUCAAUACCUGAAUAAUUGUCUUUGCAUUGAUGAGAGUUUCGUAAAUAGCUGUUUGCCAUCAUGAAUCUGAAAUGUGCUUCUUAGAUGCAGCUAAAAGUGUGUUUGCAAGAUGGUUGAUUUCAAUCUGUAUGAGCUCUGUCUGGUGUGUCGCAGUUCAGAUGGUGAGAAUAAAGUCUUCUUGGCUGCUUAACAAGUUUACACCCCAACUCGUCUCAGGAUUCAUGUAUGAUUUCUCCACCACGCUCAGCAGCCUUUCAGCCCCCCUUUUUGAAUGAUAACUCACGGAAACUCAAUCCAGCAAGUUAAAGAUUGAACUUUCUCACUGAAAAUGGACUUUGUUGAAUUUCUGGUAUGGAGAUUAUAAGAAAAAGAAGAAGGAGAAGAUUAUUGAUACAUGAAGGAUAUACAUGUACUCUUAAUUUUUACUGAAUAAGGCAGAUAAUACAGUUCUCCAUUUUAAGCAUAGCAUCUUCUGUGCAGGAUGUCUUGACAGUAUGUUGCAAAAACUCAAAAUUAAUCACUGUUUUUGUAUAUUUCUAAGUUUAGAGUGAGCUAUAAUCACCCAACAAGUCCAGAAAUGCUCUAUUUGAAGAUAUUACAAACCAAUGAUAAGAGUUGAAAUGCUUGUAAUGGGUAGAAACAUUUUGGUGCCCCCAGUUGAUGAAGCAGUCGUUGCUUAUCUUGUCCUGUACAUGCUUGCACAGUCUCAAGACAAAAAAAAUCGUAUCCUGCUGAUUUUUAAAAUGGCAAAUGUGUUAUUUAUCGUGAAUGCUGCUUUGCUGACGCCUUCCCCCGCACGCCAGUUCACAGGCAUUAAAAACAGCAUCAUGCAAAUUGACAAUACUAUCCCUGAUGGUCUUUGUUGUGCUUUUUGGGAUCAUAAAAGGUAUAAAUUCAAUUUCAUACAAGUUACAGGAAGUUAAAGCCUAAUAAGACAUUUUAAACUCAAAAUAAGACAAAAAAAGUUGCCUAGUUUUGAGUUGAUGCAACAUCAAACUUGAUUUUAGGCAAACUCCUGCUAGUUUAGACUAGUAGAGUUAAAGUUAGGUGUGCAAAACCUUCAUAUAAAGUGUUUCUACCUGUUUAGAGGGGCCACUGCUGAAGGCAAGCUGAAGAGCUUUCUGUCAAAUUCUCUCCUGACUGUAUCAGCCUUCCUCUUUGAUCAUCCUCUAACAGGGGAAUUCACCUGCACUGACUUAAACUCUUGAGGCACUUCUUACUGACCUUUUUUAAUGUGAAUGAACGUCCCGGCAGCCUCUAUUUCAGGCUUAAAAGUCUCCCUCUGGCACAACUUGGAGGAGCUGGGAGGUUUGGGCUUUAUGAAAAUUUCAUCUGACGUGUGGGAUCAACAACCCAGAGACAACUGCUUGUGCUCAAUUCGAUUCCCCUUGAGAGGAACAGUGGCACACGGAGCUGCAGAAAAGUAAAGGUUUUAACUGAACUACAGUAUGUAACAGCACUUCAAGCAGACGUUGGAGAAUGUGAUCGUUGUCAAUAUUUUUUUUCCUAUUGAAAAAGCUAGGUCGUGAUGAGCCACAACAGAUGAGAACAAGUCAAAAUUACAGUAAUCAAAAAGCAAGCAGCAUUUGCAGAGCAUGUGCAUACAGCCUGAAAUGCUGAACUCUGUAACAAGCACAUGCUUUAAUAGUUUAGUUAACUGAGCCACAAGCCCUGGCAUUUUUAAGCCCUUUUUUUUUAAUCGAAGGUCUGCAACAGCGCCAUAGUUAUAUCCCCUUCUGAUGUUUUACUGAACCAAAGAUCACUGUCAUAUCAGUGUCUCAGCUGGUGAUUUUACACAGCUACAGGAGCCAAAGGGACACAACAUGUAACAAAACAUAGUGAGCUUUACCAACACACACUGCGCUGUAGUACCAUCCAAGCAGCCUGUCAUUUUCACAGCUGCUGUCUCACCUCUGUAACUCUCUGGUGCAGCAGAAUCCCUUUCCCCCCACCAUUUUUUAAAAUAUACUAGUCCUACUCUGAAAAAACUGGAGCUGCCCUAAAUCUGCUGACCACACCUUGUGUAAGUUAACGACAUGCUUAUCUUUUUACGCAGGACAGUGUUCGGUUUCUGCAGACCCUUGUGUUGGGUUAUAAUGAAAGACAACAUUGGGUCUUUUUAAGCAGAGCUACUGUUUUUUUUGUUGCCCAUUUUGGCUGUGGUAACCCAAAAACACUUCACUGUGGCUCCAGUUCAUAAAUAACUCUGGGCCCCAGCAGUGAAGGUGCAUACACCCACCCCUGCACCUACGUCUCUUUGAAACUACAGCUUUUUUCUGUCUCGCUCAAUUUUCAUGCAAGCAGUGCAUCGUGUAUUUGGAUUGAUUCACUGUUCAGUUUACAGAAUCCUGGGACACCUGGCUUGAAAUUUGACAAAUGAAUCCAGGGAUCUGAAAUGUCUCCUCAUCAUGCAUUUUAUGCUCCUAUCGCUGCUUCUGAAAGUGUUAAACAGACAUGGUCGAUGUCUCUUUUAUAACCACACUGUGAUGUAUCAGUUUGUUGCUGCUUGGACAACUGCAAGGUGAAUAUUAAAGGAAAACAGCUUUAUAUUUUUAGAUAGAGAACAACUCCACUCUUGUUGACUCAAUAUUUUAUGAGGAACAAGCCCUUUGGUCAGUGUUUUAUUUGAGAGAGUGUGCACACUAUCGCCCUGCAGUGUGGCGACUGGAGAAGGACAGUGUGUUCUCCUGCAGAAGCAGCUCAGGUUCUGGGACUUCAAUACUGAUGACACCCAAUUUCAUCUUUUUAUGAAUCUCUCAUUUUUUACCAUCUGUCUUUUGGUAUCAGUCAUUUAAUUAAUUCAUCCUUGUCAGACUUUUCCCUCCUCAUUGUGAAUUAAGAUUGUGCUUAUCUACUAGAAUACUGGCUCUAGUAAAAAGAUCCAUUUAACAUUGCCCGUCUAAUCCUGGUCUCUCAGCGGGAUGAAUUGAAGUUGACUGAACAAGUUUCAGUUUGAUGCUGUGUGGCUGUAUCCCCAAGGGGUUUGCUCAAGUCUCUUACCUGGCAGUCAAGCAGUGGCUGGAGUUCAGCACAGUCACCUCUGGCGAUGCCGGCUCUGUCGUCACGUUAAGAAUAUCACAGUAGGCAGCAGCGGGGCAUGCUGGGACUAAAGGCAAGUGGGUACAUGAAAAAGCCCUAUUAAUAUAGUCCCCUUAGUUCACCCUUUUCAGGUUUGUCUUAAAAAUGUGCAGCGCUCUUUUAUAGUGUGUUCAGUGAGUAUUUUUAUUUGAGCAGUUAUUGCAAGUGAAGAUAAAUGAACAUAAAGUGUAAUUUCAUCCUAAAGAAGCUGAAGGUGGUUUACAGUCAAACUCAUCUUUAAGUUCAUGUAUUUUUCCAGUGGGAGGUCAAGAAGAUGACUGCUGAUGUUGCAGCAUCUGUUUAUCUGUUUUAUUCUGUCGUCUUUCAGCUGUUUUGUCACUACUUAAUGUAUUUGUAGGUGUUUUUAAGGCAGUUGUGUAAUUGACUUAAGUAUUGAGGACUAAGUAGUCUACCUGAACAGUCUGAACUAACUGGUGAAAAAUGUUGGCUCUGUGAUUGAAUUCAAGUUGGACUGACUUAAGGAAAGUGGAGGCUAUUCUCAAGAAAAUGGAUCAUCUACUUCAUAACACCUUGAUGGACCAAAGGUGUCGCUUUUAUAAAUAGUACAUGACAUUUUAGACAUGACAAAUGAGACAACAGACAAAUUGAAUUUCCCUUUUUGGGGAUCAAUAAAGUUAUUAUUCUUUUUCUUACUCUGUGAGCUGAAACUCUGACCUCCUGCUUGUUUGGCUUCAUCACUGCUAGCUUAAGUCAAGGUAAUGCUAGCUUAAAAUGACAGCUAGCAUUACCUUGACUUGUCUUCAGAUGCUCAGCUUGUUUUUGAGGUUUGGAUUUUCAGAAUUUCUAGCCUUUUGUCCUGCUCUGGACAAAAUAUCCUGUCUAAUUUUGCCUUUUGUUUCAUGACACUCAUUUACACAAAAAAUUUACAAGUGUUUUAGAGGCAUGUUGAUUUAGUAUAAUCGCCACAUUGUGGGCAGCAGUGUUGUGUUUGUGGUGUUGAAUUGUUUCAGACUAGACUGAGAGGUGUUUCUUCUGUUUAAGCCAUGUAAUAUAUUGUAAUGGGAGUGGAAUGAUAAAGUGGGGGAGACAGAAACAACUAAACUUCAGCAGGACCCCUGAAUCAGCAGCAGUUUAACUCUCCCCCGGUACUGGACCAUAAACCUACAGCAGCUGUUCACUGUAAUAUAUUGAAAGAAAUUGGAGUUUGUUUUAAUACAAGCUGCAAGAAACAAAGUAGAAAAAAUCCACAAGGUGUUUUUUUAAAGCUUAUACUAUCCCUUACGUAAAAUAAAAUAAUAAUAAAAAAAUUCCAUAAUAUUGUCAUUUACCCUUAUUUCUAUCCCCAGAUAAUGAGUAAGGCUGAUUAUUCAAACUUGUACCACCAUGCUGUAACAUGCUGUACCAGUUUAGAGACAGAAAACUAUCAUGCUUGCUGAAAGGCUGUAAUAGUGUUGUAAAAUAGCCAGUGUGGGCUGGUAAACACAGAGAAAACAACCAGGUGUGAAAAGCCAAUCCAGGACAAUUAGCUUCUGAAAUGCUGCUUAUGCCAAAUUAUAGGCACCAGCGAACACCGCACCUGGUAGAGCUAAAGAAACAUUACAAAGCCUGGCAUGCCUUAAUAACCAUACACUGAGUCCAACACCAAACCUAGUUGGCAGGGGUGACGGCAGCAUACAGAGAAAUGCACAAACCCCAAGAGACGAUCGGAGGAAGAAUAAAGAUGUGCAGUGAAUCGUCAUAAGAAACAGCCCUGCAUAGUGAGCAGAUUAUAAGAUUGAAGCCUGGCAGGGCAGAAAAAUCCACCCUGAGUUUGAACUCUGAUACCCUUCAAGCUAAAAAACCUACAUCAGUCCAGUCAUACUUAUGAAGCCACAACACUUGAAUGAAUGAUUUAACUUGGUUUUGAUAAUAGAAAUAUGUGUUUGAAGCAGGUUAUGGAUGUAAUACUGCAAAACCAUUUUUUUAAAGACUAGUUUGAAUAUAGUUGAGAUCAAAACAUCACCUGACACAUUCAUUUUUUACUUAUUUGAUCAAUUUUAUGAACUUACGGUAAAAAAAAAUACAUUCAUGAAGGACUGGACAUUUUGAUUCGACCUGUGUCUCCUCUCGAUUCCCUGUUUUCCCUAAGUGCCUGCAGGGCAAGAGAUUUCCCCAGUACUGUGACAGAUUUCAUCACUUUAUGAACUGUCUUGACUCAUGGUUCACUUUUGGUUGUUCCUAAGACAAUAAGAAACCUCUAAAUAUUAUCCGACCUUUGAUGAAGAUUGGUCUUUAUUCUUUGGGUGAUCUUAUUCAUUUUUCACUAAUUUUGACCUAAAAUGAUUUAAAAAGUGACAUGCUACUUCAGCUCUGAGGUGUCAGGAUGUAAAGCCUCAUAGUUGGUGUUCACUCAGAGGUCACCUGUGACUCUCCAGAACACAUUUCCCUUCUUUUCACCUCUCAUUAUUUCCCUCUUCCUAUUUUUUCCUCUUAUACAGACCACACAUCCCAUAAUUACUCCCAGGGGGAAAAUAGCAUGCAAACACUCAACCUAUAUUUCCUCUUCUUUGUUUCAUAGGAUCCCACUCGCUCUUCGUCACACAUGAGCGUUGGAUGCUGGCUGUGCUCUGUACAGUAAAUGCUUUUAUUUUGUUUUACUCCUUUUUUCUCAUCUUCUUAAACUCCCACCAAGUCAUUUAGUCGUCCUUUGCUUCCUGGCAGCGUCUCGUUUCCAUGUUUUCCAUUUUGUACCACGUCUUUGUGUAGCCCUCACAAGACUGGCUCUGUCCUCCACCCCCGCCUCUCCAUCUGUGCCACACAUUUAUGUUGUUUCACCGCAGUUACUGAAGCACUCAUCCUGAUUGCUGCCAGGUGAGGCAAACUAGCUGCGCACACUAAUAAAUGCGUGCCGGGCCUCGGGCCACACGUGCACAUAAACACACACAUGCGCAUACCCAAAGUGAGCGUCUGCAGUGCAGUGAUGCAUGCAGAUGGCAUUAGCUUGUUGACAACAUUGUCAUUGUGCUUUUCCAGCUUGUUUUUUUGUUGUUUUGUGCCAAGCAUGUUGUUGUUGUGUCCAGGUGUUAAAAAGCAAUUUUCUACCAGGAUACAUUUGACGUCAGUAUGGCAGACAUGUCAAAAAUGCUUCACAGCUGACUUCUGCCAGCCAAACAAUCCAUCGCCAGAGGGCAUCACACAGAAAUAUCCGCAAGUUUGCACAGACGGUAAUCAGGUUGUCCUGUGUGUUUUUGCAGAUGUGUGUUUGUCUGAGAGUCUUUAUUUUCUUUCUCCCCUAUGGCCUCUACUCCCUCUGGCCUAUUUGCUCCCUGCUGCUUUCCUCCUGCCUAACCAGGGUCAGUGAAUGAGCUUUGCCCUCCUGCGUGGCCCCGGGGCAGGAGGCCUGCAUGUCUGAGUUUAUAGGAAGAGGGAUCGCCUGAGAUGCUGCUCUCUGCAGGGCCCUGCAGCCACAGAGACAGGAAGCUGUAAUUAGGACUAGAGGAGGCUUAACACUCUGGAGCAUUUUUUUCCUCUCCUUCUCCUGCCUCACCCUGCCACCCUCUCAAGAGAAAUGCUCCCACAUUAAGAGACCAAAGCUCAUAAUUACGUGUGGUUGAGAGGAUUGUAGUCCUCUGAUGUGAGGCAAUUUAAUGCUUCAUUUAUUUACCUUCAUUGCUGUGUAUUUCACUUGGCAGCCAUCAGUGAACCUGAGGUGUUGUACUCCAGAGCAUUAGAGGAAGCCAGGCUGAUAAUGAGAGUGUUAUUUUUAAUGAUAGUGUUUUUUUUUUGGUAUAGCAAUUAAAUGAGCAAGAAAAUCUUGUUGAUGCAUGUGUGAAAUGUUGAUGUGUACAGUUUUUUUUUUAUUUUUGUUGCACAUUUUAUGACCAACAGUUGUUCAGUGGAUGAUGGGAAAUUAAAAGGUUCAUAGAUUGAGCAUAUGCACAUCAUCCUAUUUAACCAUGAGAUAUCUUAUGAAGAUUGUGGACUAUGGAUGAAAAGCUUUCGUUAACUGUGGUCAUUUUCACACCUGGAUUGUUGGGAGAUGUUUCAAGUCUUUGGCUCGAGUUGUUUGGACACAAACUGUAUGUGGACACAUUUAUACUUUGAUGUGGAACAAAACAAACAAGCCGAGAUUGCCUUGAAAUUUGACAUUUGGCGCGAGGAAGCCAUUAACCCAGCAAACCGAACAAACAGCUGGUUGAGUCAUUGCACAAGUAGUGGUAGGCUAGUAGUAACAGAUGCUGGAGUACAGCUGCCAGGCAAUUUUAUAUACAUCUGAUCAUUAGUGCUCGCACAGAGAUGGUUGAACAGUGCUGAUUGUCUCUGUCCACUGAACAUCAUCAGGAUUCAACAACAUCUACCGGUUCAACAACGAGUAAAGUCGAGAGAAUUUAUUCCAGCACAGUACUCUUUUCAUUUCCCUCUGCAUAUCUGGGAUUGAGUCGUGGGGCAGCAGUAUGAGCAAGUCGACCCAUACCUCUCUUUCUGACUUUCACCUCCAGGUGAUCCCAAGUCAGGUUGGAUAUUGGCUUUAUUUCCCUCCAGCUCUGCCCUGGUGUUUCCACCCAAUUGGAAAUGCCCAGAAAACCCUCUAAUGGUUUCAAAUCAAAUCCCCAAACCUCAUCUACUGACUCCUUUUGAAUAUGACGAAGCAAGAGUUCUACAUCAAGCUCCCUCUGCAUGUGCAAGCGUCUAACCCUGUCUCUAAGACUGAGCCCAGAAACCCUUUGGAGGAAACCCUUCUCAGCUGCUUGUAUUCACAAUCUGAUUCUUCUGGUCCUAACCUAGAGCUCAUGACCGUAAGUGAGGGUCCCAUAGUAAUUAGUGUGACCAAAUAACUGGUGUGUGCUUUGACAAUUGGCUGCUAGUGAUAGGCCUUUUGCAUCCCUGCAGAUAGCUACAGUGUGCCCGCCAGUCAAGUCAGUCAUGCCAUAACAUAGACUCAGAGGCCCAAAGAUGGCUGCCACUAUAUUGAAAACAUCGAAACAAACCUUCAGUUAUUUCAAAUAAAGGCAAAGACAUGGAUUUGAGAUCCUGACAUUCCUUGUUGUUGGGCAAACCGCGACACCGAGUCCACCUGUCAGACAGCCCUACCUUUCACCAACUGGAGUUUUGAAACGUGAUACUACUGGGUUUUCUUUGCCCCUCAUCCGAAUGUUUUUGCUUUUCCUAUUGACUUCAUUUUACAGUAUCAAGUGUUAACGCUUGAUUCUAUAACAUUUUGAACCAGGUGACAAAAGGAGUCUACUUCCCUAAUCAUUCAGAAAAUAGAUAAAGAUUUCUCUUUUGAGGUUUUUGUACCCUAUCAAAAAGUCUUCCUUGAUACAUAAUGUUGAUUUUGUAAAUUAUGGUCCCUUUUAGUGUCAAAUAGACCAGGAGACUGUUUAAUGUCAAAGGGAAUAAUCACUUUCAGCAAAUUAACUUCCAUCAAGUGUUAAUAAACCCUGCUGUCCAAAAAUUUUCACUACUGAAUCUAAAAUAUAAUGGCCAUAGCAAAUUUUCUAAACCAUUACAGCUUUGUUAACUGGAAUUCCAACAAUGGUCUAUUUUUGAAACCAAAAUGGGCACAUCUUGUAGCCUCCGUUAAAGUUCCCAUAAAAAAGCAGAAGUACAAGAGUUGUAAGGGUUUUUAUGUUUGGAGAAGUAGCACUGCAUCCAAGUACAGUGCAAAGUGUGAUGAAUAAUUACCAACUUUCUACACACUUAGAAUAACAAAAGCACACUGACAGAAAGCACACAGGUAGUGUAAUAAUCACACCUGAGCCCACACAUUUUUGCUGAAAGAGUCUGAAUUGAAUAACAUCAAGGCUCGAAGAGGUGAUGAACUCUCACUUACUAACAGUUGAAAUCUUGUAAAUUUCAUGUUGUAUUUCUGAGAUCCUUUUCACAGGAUGUAGUUCUUAUUGUAACCCAAGUGCCGUAGAUUUCUAAAGGGAAGCUGUAAAUGUGAUUUUUCUUAUUAGACACUUCAAGUCUUAAAAAAUUCCCCUUCUGUUGUGAGUGGAGAUCAGCCAAAUUCUGCCCUGCAGGAGGUGUAAUCCUGCAGCGAGUCUGUGUGAGCAGCAGUGUGUUUUCGUGCACGCAAACUCAUAUAUGCACGUGCACUCUUGAUUUGAGCUCAUUUGUACCUCUCCUCUUUUCAGGGUCCUGUUGUAUCCCCGAGGACACGUGGAGAUGAAGAAAUAGAAGCAGCAGUUGAGGUAAGUGUUUCUGAAUAGUGUCUUUUUCUAGGCCGUCUUAUCUCAUAUUUUCUCUCCUCAUACUGAGGUCUUUUUUUCCUUCACAGGCCCUCCAGCUGACCUCGGGGCUGCGUCCUGUGGGGCUUUGUUGUUGGUGGGCCAGCUGAACAGGCGUGCAUGUGAGAGAGGUGAUGAAGUCCAGCAUGAGGCAGUGGCGGAGGCUGGUGCUGGCAGGAAUGCUGGCCUGGGGUCUCCUCUUCCUCGCCCUCCUCUCUUACUUUCUGGACGCUCGUGUGAAUGAGCCCCUGACCUCCUCUGGCUCUCUGCUCUCCCAGCACCCUGACACCCGCCGCUUGACCUCCAUACAGGCCUCCAAUCAACAGCUCGCCAACCUGGGCUCCCGACCUGAACUAGCCGCCGCCAUGUCCACGUCCUACCCUAGAGAGGAGCCGGAGGCGCAGCCUUCUGCCAGCUCCACAACCCCUGAUAUCAGCCUGGAGGUGAGCCGCAGCCCUAACAGCGCACCAUACGCCAUUUAUACCAGUCAGGAAGCAAGCCAACAGGACUACCUGGACCAGCAGAGCCUGGCUGCCUGGUCCUCCUUUGGCACAGAAAAUGUAGGCUCUCACUCAAACCCUGUAGUCCGGAGUCGAGAGAAAACCUCUCACACCACAGAUUACCAGAACCGUGCCAGCACCCACGAUGGAGGAGAAGAAGAGGAUGAGAAGGACAAUGAAGAGGAAGAACUGGGGAACAGAGUAAGGACUGAAGGAGGAAGAGGGGCUGGUGGGGACUCCUCUGAUCUGGAGGAGUAUUACUUCUCAAAGUCUGCCUCUGUGGUGCAGCGGCUGUGGAGGGGCAGUGUGUCUGCCCACAUGCUGAGUCCACGUCUUCAACGUGCCAUGAAAGACUAUUUAAGCGCCAACAAACACCGCGUUGCAUUCACAGGGCAUCGCAAGACCGCCCAGAGUGCCAAGGAGCUGCUGUGUCAAGUGAAAGCUCAGGCCCGACUGAGGGCGAUAGACGGGUCCGAGCCGCCCUUCUCCUCACUGGGCUGGGCUGACCUGGUUCCGCCUCUUCCCCUGGAGCAGCUUUACAAACAGCAAGGCAAGAGCAGCUACAAGACCUGCGCCGUGGUCACCUCGGCUGGGGCCAUCCUGCGCUCUGGACUGGGCGAAGAGAUCGGUGAGUACAGUGAGCAGGCAAGCAGAUAGGGGACGUAAGAGAGCUUUAGCAUUUGCUCUUCUGCUCCUGACAGCCAAAGUUCCCUUAUUAUGGUCUUUUUUUUCAACUCAGUUUGAUUUGGUUUCAAGGGGCAGGUAUGAAGACCUGCCUCUGCUGCCCCCUUUUAAGAAAACUAAAUAAUAAAAGUACAAAACUAGCUGGCAGCUGUUAGUUGGCCUCACAUGUUAACAUCUUACCUGUGGCCAUCUGUGGUGUAUUCGAUGCAGCUGCGGCACAUAGAAGGAUGAGAGGGAAUUUCUGCUGCGGCCAGUUCAGAGAGGGGAUAGAUGAAGAAGCGGAGAGAUGGUGAGAGAAAAACAACAACAAUAGUAGACAAAGAUCUGUGGUAACAUUGCAAAAGAUAAUGAAACAAGGUACAAGAACAGCAUGGUAGUGAUAAUAGCCUGAGCUUAGUCAACAGGUACAUAGUAAUAUCAUCACAGUGGUAGCAUUCCUAUUAAUGAAGCUCAUGAAGCAGAAUGACCGAGAAAGAAGACUGAUGCUUAUAAAUUAACAUCAUCUUUAUAAAAGAGAUAAACCUGGUGAGACUGAUGCUAAUGCUCAAAGCAGCUGAGAGGGGGGCAGCAAAAUGUCUGCAGCUGCGAUCGAGACAAACCUGCAGCAUGAUGGAGCACAGGGUCUCCCAGAAAAGACUGUGUAUUAGAGACUGUUGUGGAAGAUGAUGAUCCAAAGAUAGUGACACAGACAGAAGAAGGAUGGAGAAGGAGAGAAAGGUGUUUAAUGUGCCAGUACCAACCCUAUAUUAAUAUGAGCAAAGAAAAGAUGAAAUCUAAAUCCCCCAAACUCUUCAUAUACCAUUAUAAAUGAAUAGAAAAACAGAACAUCUUUGCAGUUCAGAUGCUAAAACUGGUAAAUCUCUGAAGUGUUUGUUUUAAAAAUGACUAUAUAGUCCUUAAAUUAAUAAUACUUUAAAUAGUUUGAAUUGUAUUGUUUCAUUACAACUUGUUUAUUGAGUUUUGAAGAUGGUUUCAUGGACCCUUUUUCAUCUUAACAGGCCUGCAGAGAGGGUUUAGUUCAAAACUCUAAUUCUAAAAGAAUCUGGCAUUCAGAGCUUGCUCAUAUUAAUCACUUUGUUUGUACUUUGAUCAAACCAUAACUUAUUUAAAACACCAUUAGCCAAUAUUAAUAUCUCCUCCUCUUCUCACAUAUGUAAAAUUCGUGGCUAUUUUUUUUUUUUAUAAACAGCGUUCAGUAAAAGAAAACACGUUAUUAUUCCCCAGGGAGCACAUUUUUAGUUGGUAUCAUGAUUUGACCUCAGGCAUUUUGUUUGGAUAAACUUAAAAUAAUACCCGGCCCUACAGAUGACAGAAGAAAAGAUAAGAGCUGACGCACUGUAGCUGAACAUGUGCGCUGAAAGACCAGGAUUUUUUAAUAUGCUGUUUGUUUCAUAAAGGCUUAACAUCAUAAAAGCGCUACAAAGAAAAGCUACAGCAUCAAAAAGCUGCACUCGAAAAGCAGAGAUCUAACAAGAUUACAAAGACUGGUGAUGGGAUAUUUUUAUGUAUUGUAUAUAAAACAAAGAUCAGCCUCCCCAUGGCUGCACGCUUAAUUGCGUUGGGUCAGUAUCUUUUGAUUGGCUGGUCAUUUGCUUUAUGGAGUUCAGUAGCUGUUCCUAAUACAGACGCCUAUGAGUAAGUGUAUAAAAAAUCAAUGACAUGGAUUCUAACUCCAAGCUGAGCUUCAUCUCUUGUUCUUUGAACAUAGUCACUUACUAAGAUCUUGAAUUUUAAAGGUCAACAAAAACCAAUUUGCAACUCAAAUGAUUUGCAUUUACUCUCAUUUCUGCUCGGCAUUUACUGAUUAACUCGUCAAGCUGACUGUGAGCAGGUUUGAAUGUGUGCCUACUAGGCUAUAUUCCCUGUGCUUGUGUAUCAGAGUGUGUGUGUGUGUGUGUGUGUGCUCCCGGUUUGAAGGCGUUGGCAGCUUUUGGGUAAGUGGGGAGAGUGUGAAUUCAGUGACAGAUGGCUCACUAGAAAAAGGCAGAACCCCCCUCUGCUAACCAAUCAGGCGUCUUCAUAUCAUGUAUGGUUUUCACUUGCAAUUUCUUGUGAAUUCAGCUUCUUAAAGCUGUGAUGUGACAAGCUUUGUAUUCAUGUAUUUUAUUCCUGUAAUCUGUCUACACACCCACAGCGUCCUGCAGAAUGGCCCAGAUAACACUGUCCUGGAAAAUAAAGCAGAGCAAUAACAUUUCCAAGAAAAUUAGAUGAUGCACACCUACAUCUGCAUUUGACCUUUUAGCCACAGUGAGUCUAAAUUUAAGUGACUGUAGAAACAUCAACCCUUCAUACUUUGAACACUGAGGCCUCCACCUGCUGCUCUGUACAAAAGCAAGGUGCACAAUCAGGUAUCAGGAUGAGAGAAAUAAAGAAAUAAAGUUACAUCUGAGUAUAUCUCUGAGCAAGUAUGGGUUUUUUUUGGCUUAUAAAAUAAGUUUUAGUUAUAACCUAAACCAAAAUCAGAAAUACCUACAAUCCAGCCUAAAGAUAGCUGAGAUCCAGCCUGAGAUAACAAGCAACAGUAGUUGCUUAACAAGUUAAUAAUAAUAAUAAUAAUAAUAAUAAUAAUAAUAAUAAUAAUAAUAAUAAUAAUAAUAAUAAUAAUAAUAAUAAUAAUAAUACAUUGCUGUCAAAAAUAUGUAUAAUGUUUGUCACUGAUAAUGACUGUGACAUAGGAGUGAAAAAAGGUUUUAAGACAAAAUGAUCUCCAGGUUUCUCUUGUGAGAGGAAAAACAUUUUAAUAGAUGACAGGGAAAAUAACUUACUGAGUGUUUAGGUUAAUUUUCCAGAGGGUUUAACUAAAAUUUAUGAUUAUUACACUUGCUAGAUCAUCAUUUAAACUUAACGUUACAAACAUGACUGUAAUUUAGGUUAAAAAGCUGUCUAAUGUUGUUAUACCUGAGUAGAACUGAAACUUAAUCUAGCUAGCUAAUCUUCCUUAAUUUAUAAACUGAUGUAUGUGAUGUUAAUAUGGCCACACUAUAAGUGUAUCAGAUUUUCAGAAUUAAGGCACAAAUUCAUUCAAAGCAAACACUUAAUGUAAGGAGUUCUAAGCCAUGAAUUAGCCGUGAAAAUUAGUAAUGUUGUAAAAUCACUAUAUGGAAGUCGUUAUUUCAUGAGGAUUUGAUAAGCUAUGGUUAAUCUAUGUAAGAUAAGUACGACCUUGUGAAGUUACACUUAGCAGCUAAAGAAAAUCAGCAGUCUCAGAGGCGUUCAAAGGCUGUCUUUUAGCCUGUUCAUCUUCAUAACAGACUCAGUUUCUUACACAAUUGACUUCCUGAUUCUUUUGACAACAGAGGGGUUGGCGUAGUGACAGAUUUGGGUUUCAUGUUUUUUAAUAAACCCCCACUUAAAUUUAGCUUUCAAAGAUGCCCCACGUUCAUCAUAUUAGUUCAGUUCCUUCAUUCAAAGCAAAGCAGAUACCACUUGUUGGUGUCUGGUCCCAGGCUGGUCCUAAAGAUGGCGCCAUGAAUGCAGUCUGAUGUAACAUGAAACAUUAAUACAACACAGGUUAUGACAAAUAUACCAUUACAAGGCUGGUAAAUAAAGUUAAUUCAAGUUUACUUAUUAAAAAAAAAAGAUAUCAGGGAAGGAAAACUGGGCUAGUCUCUUAAGAAAUGUAAAGAUUUAAGUAUGGCUGCUGCUUUGGGACUGGGUUUGAGGAACAACCAUGUGGAAACUUAUUUUUGGAUGCAGACGAAGAAGGCAGUCUUUAGCUUUGGGCUCCAGGCCUUAGACUUAAACCGCGCAGGUGCUUCCAAAUCUCUCUCGAUGUAUCAUCAUCCUGCUAUGUUUGGUUUUGGUUUCUGUCCAGCUAUGGGAUCCAUAUGCACAUGCUCAGAAGCAAAGCAAAAGAUCUGCCAUCAUUGUUUUCUCCCUGUCUUCAACACACAUACCUCACAACCAGCUUUUCUACGCCUUGUGUUUGCAAUCAGAGACUCGUUAUGAAAUAUAGAGAUGCUGUCUUAUAAAAUCAAAACUGAUGAGUUCUCUGAAGAGGGCUCACGCAGAUGUUACGUCAAAAAGCGGCAUCAGGGUGUUGGAUCAGAGUGUCAUCAUCAUGGUGUUCAGUUCUUAAAAAAGAGACUUCACUCUAGUGGGGUCUCAGUGACUUGGCUAAGAUAGAUGUAACAGCAGAUUAAUUAUUGAACAGCUUCACAGUGUUGGAGGAGCUCGACUUUCUUACAUAAAUACUCAGUCUCAGCUUCAGCAGGAAAUCAAACCACAUUGAUCUCGCUCUGUCUUCUUCGCACCCUGCCGUGCUCCCUGAAAGGCUGCGCUCCAUCAGAAAUCAUCACAUUAUGCAGCUCUGAAUGAAAAAAAAACCUAAAAUGUAAAAUUUUAAAUCACUUUAUUUUCUGCGCAGUGUGCAGGUCGGCUGAUGUUUAUAUUUGUGAGUGACUGAGUACAUCCUGUGAGCGAGCCUGUAAUUGGAGUUUUGGUCCAGUUUAGUUUGUGUGUGUGAUGUGUGGCUGCCAUCAUGUGGUCAGUUAUAUACACUGCAACCUUGGUAUAGCAGAGGAUGAGAAGAAUCAGUUUUAACUAGAUUGUAUUGCUUUUGAUAUGCACAGUUUUUUCCCCCUAAACUUUCAACUGUUGUCACCUUUGAGAUCAUGGUUUGUUAAAUCAUUUUUUAAAUGUCCUGUUGAGUCUGUCUUUGCUAGUAAAAUCCCUUUCUCUUGUUCCUCCCGUGAGUGACCAAUAAUAAUAUUUUAAUGACUGUAAUUGUGAUUUCAAGCCAGCAGAAUUUCAGAAUAUCUGCUCUUAUGCCCCCUAGUGGUAGUACAUAGGGCAGCAACAAUGUAAAAGGGUUAAAACUGACAGUCAUUACAGAGUAUUGAGACUAUAGAUGAAGUUACAAACACACAUGCAUUGGUAUUCAGUCUACAUCAGUCAUUUCAUUUUGGGUUUAGUUUCUGUUUCCUCUCCACACAAAGAGAGACAAGUUUUGGGAUCUAGCGGUGUCAUCCUGCUGUGACUUCAGUCUAAAUGUAAAUGAGACAUGAAAUAUCAAACAGAAUCACAGUAAAAGCACUAAAUUUAAUAACUUGUUUGGGCUCAUCUGUCGGAAACUAUCAGCUUUAACCUUGACUAGAAACCUGAAUAACUUCAGUUCAAAGGAGUGUUUUUAAAAUGACAUCUUCCUGACAUUUGCUAAAUCAGUUUGACACUGGGCAAAUUCUUCACAACAAGCGGAAGAAUAGUAAUCAAAAACUUGUUUAUUUUUUACAGAGCCUGAUGUAACACCUUGAUGUUUUUAUUAUGUGUAAUAGAUGAUUUAAGACCAGGACUUAGUGACAUGGUUGGGCCCCUCUAAGAGAAAUCAACAUGACUAUUACCAUUGUUGUACAUUUUUUCAUCUGGUUGGAAUUUAACACAGAAAUUAUUUUGUUCUGGGUUCAUUUAUGCUUCUCUAGAACGGUCUUUUAUUUUUACCUGUCUCGUGAGCCUUCUGGACUGUCACUGUCGUCAUAGUCGGUAUGUGGUGCUGUCCAUGGUGAGAAUUCACCUGUCAUGUCGUCACAGUGAAACUGACUUUGGAGUUUGUCAGUAACACCAUCUCCAAUGGAUAGUCUAAAGCCCAUGGUGCAGAGUGAAUUAGAGGGCUUUGACAGCAUGUUGCUUCUGAAGUGUGCACAAUGUGGAUGAUAAGUGAAGCACAGGACACCAAGAAGUUGCGUUAGGUCCCUUGAUUAUUUUAAGUUUGUUUGUGAAUCAAACCAAGCAGUGUGUCAGCUAAUGUUUGGGUGAAGGGACUCUCAAAGCAUCAGGACAGUCACAUAUAAACCCAGCAGGCCUCUCUGCUGUUGUUAGAUAACUCCUAAUAGGUUUAUAGACUGAUAACGUUGAUGGGAAAGGCAGUCUAAUUCAUGAUCUAAAGUGAUCAGUCAGCUAGCAACUUGAAAUGAGGCCAAUGUAAGACAGGCCAAACACAUUUAAUAUGUUACGCUUGUUUUUAGAGGAUGGGCUGACACUACAGCAGUGCUUUGUAACAAACUACUAAGGUAGAAAAGUCAAUCAACAUUUUAAAAAGUGAUGUUUGAUUUCUUAAAGUUGGGAAAAUAAGACAGAUUUAUGCUAAAUUUACAGCUGGACAUCCAGCAUCUUGGUUUUCAUUUUUCCUUCUUCUCUUUUGAUUUAUUCGUCUAGCAUGAAGGUGAACAUCAAUACUCUCCAAAAUAAAAGCUGCCGAACUUCUAAGCUACAAAAUCAUCACACAUGCGGGGCCAGUUAUUUAAAGUUCAAAAUAAACUGUGGUAGCUGAAUGUCAGCUGUUCAGGAGGUCUAAUGAUUAUCAUAUUUAUAUUUUACUGUACAAAACAACAUCUAAUAAAGCCCAAAGGACCAGAAUAGACUGAAGACCCGAGGUCCCAGUCUCAAACAUAAAACUUGAUUUAUUACAAAAUGUUUAAAAACAUGUCAAACAUGAACAAGCUGUAUGAACAGAGGGGCAGUGGGCUCAACUUUGAGCUCAUAGACGCUGAUGGAUGUACCCUUAAAUGGUGCAUUAAUCAAAUCCUCUAUGACAGAGUGUGAAAAAUGAUGUUGUAACACUGCUGUGUAAUCACUGAACAUGUUACACACUUCAUGUGCUUUGUGGCAGCUCAGAAAAAAAGAGACUGUAGUAUGAAAAGCACAGAAACAGUGAAGUGUUUCCUUUUCAGUGCUUUCACACCGAGUGUCAAAUAGACCUGACGUUUCGUUUACACACCCAGACCUCUUUGUACUGGAUUUCACACACACCAGCAGUUAAACAGUAAAUAUUUAGACACAUUAAGUCCACUUUUGACUUGAAUUCAGUGUAAUGUUUGAUUCAACAAUCUGUGUGAGCUUUCUUUGGGCUAAAACAAAGCAAAAAACAGUUUAAUGGGCGUCAGAAAGAUUCUCAUGCUGUGGUUAAAACGGACAAUCUUAUGGAAAUGUUGAAUACAGAGAGUUCACAGCUUGCACAUGCACAAAAAAUCUGCUCUUUCAUUAUCGGUAUUGUCAAUGCAGUCUAGUUCACCUGAGACAAUACAACCACAUGCUGAGAAAGGAUAAUGUUUCCUACAGGUAAUGUGUUGUGCUAAGUGGGAGAUGAAGACAAGUUUUCUUCUUUACAUUUUGAGGUCCUGGUUUCCACACUGAAAAAAUACUGACAUACUGAAUGGAAAAUAUUGGACGCAUUAAGAAAUGAACGCCUUAUAUUGCAAAAUUUCCAAAAGUUAUUGUUCGCAUCACUGAAACAAUUACUUUAAAUUUCUUAAAGCUCCUGUGAAGAUUUUUUUAAAACAUUCUUUGAAUAGACUCAAAUACAAAAAUUAACAAGACCAAAGGAGUCAAACAGGACUGGUGUUUUUUAAAGACUGAAAUCGGUGCAAGGAGGAAGGUGUCAGCUGAGUAUUUCCACAUUUUCCACACAAAGUAUUUACGCUAAUUAAUACAAGAUUACAGAUACUUGAAGACAACUUAAGCAAAGACUGCUUUGUCCAAAAUUGACAUGACUAAUAGUUCCUCAGAGGAGCUUUAAAAUGAGCUCACGUUGCUGUUACUAUUAAGAUUAAACUAAACAUUUUAUCUGACAGUGAAGCCAAACUCAGUCAACAGGACUGUAUGGAUCCAUCUGCUCUGAAUGAGUGAGUGUGUAUAUAUAUAUAUAUAUAUAUAUAUGUGUGUGUAUAUACCCUCGUGCUUAAUGUAUUUAUGUGUCUAUAUAUACACUCACAUACACAUGCAUACCAAGUAACUGGAAAAAUUGUGAUGCUGUGAUUUACAUAUGACCUAAAGUGCAGGUGGUGGGUGCCAUGUGUUGCAGUGUUUCAUUGAUGUAAACAGUAAGCUGUUAUGUAAACAGUGGAGUUGUAGUACAAAGUGAAUUCAUACCAUGCAAAGUACACCACCAGGUAAUUCCUCCUACCUCCUCCUACGAGCUGCUCUUAUUACAGUCAGUCUUAAAGAGUGUCACUAGAGCCGCAUCCAUAGCAACGGUCGGUCUGUCCCUGAUUAUGACAGUCAAACUGUUGUUCUGAAAUGUUAGUUUUUAUGACCAGUCAGAAGUGAGUAGGUCAUACAGCUGCAUAUUGUUAGAUUAAGAUGAAUCAGCUUUGUUAUAAGGAUCAGGGUGCGUGCCAGUCUUCACCUCAUCAAAUACAAUUGUGGGUAUGUUUGACUCCUGAAACGUUGGACACACAAAAAGCGAGGAGACAGUUUGUAAAACAAUCUGAGGGCGGCUUAUUGAUCCUAGUCAGGUUGAGGUUAAACCGCUAAACAAGUGUCAUGGGAAAUGAUGGGAAAACAAGGAACUACCUGCUGCAGGCUCAAAUCUGUUUGUCUGAGGGAUUCAGAGAAAAGCACAGCCCCUCUUAGAGGGAAGGUUUUGAGAAACAAGGAUGUGCAACAUCAGGGUCAAAGGUCAGCUGUUUGAAGGAAAAUAUGUUUUCUUCCUUGAGAGUGGAAAUCUUGAAUAUUUGUUUAAAAGGAGGAAUUGGCAAGAUAAAGAAAACAAGUGAAAACAACGAGAAAUAAAAAAGCAUUGUUUUCGUUUGUAUUAAUAAGCUUCAAGUAAUGUCAAAGUUUAGUCCUUGUUUAAGCCAUCUGUAUUUCUACUUUCUCCUUUUGCUGUACUUUCACAAUUUCCUUUACUGUUUACUCCACAGUUUGCUACCUUAAGGGCUCCUCACAGAAGGAAUCAGAGAAAAACAUGUUUUAGGAUUAUCCGCUCACCCUGCAGCCCGUGAAGGGGUCAUGAGGAGGGUGCCGAUUCACUUUAAGCGGUCACAGUCAGACAGAAUUGAACACCAGUGACUUCAAAAGAAAAAGAAAACUCUCAAAGUUUGUUGUGAACACUUCUUGAUCGGUUUGCACCGUGACAUGUUAUAUAAUUGAUGUCACUGAGGCAGAGUCUGUGUGGGCUUUUGUAUUAGCAUUACUGAGUGGACCUAAUUGUGCUCUGUUAUCUGUUUAAUUAUAUUCUGUAAGUAAAAUUAGAUGUAUGAUAGCAUAGGAUAUUUUUUAAAGAAAACAAUCACUAUAGAGAUCCUCAUAUUCAGCUGAUGAAAUCCUACAAUAAUAGACAUUUAUGUAACGCAUUAAUAACACUUAUGUGGCUGGAGUGCUUCAUGUGUAUUUGAAACAGAGGAACAUCGCUCACAUGAACAGGACUUUGUUAUCUCAGCUCCUCGUGACAUACUUAAAGCUGAAAGAAGGAGCUAUAGGUUUAAAUACAGAUUCAGGCUUUGUUGUCCCUGAGGGAAAUUUGGUUUCUACCGCCAGAUAGAAACACAAGAGCUCCCACAGAAAGACUGAGCCUAAAGUCACCGUGAUUCAAACCUCCCAGCAGACUGCAUUGUUAGAGAGUCAGGCUCCUCAAUAAAGCAAAGACAGGAAGGACAAACAGAGCCAAGGUUGUCUCACUUUUAAAGGUCCUGUUAUUUUAGUGGAUAUGACCACAAUUAAAGGUUACUCAGUGGUGAUGGUGGCAAUAGGCUUUUCUUUACUACCAGGGCUAUUCAGUGUAGUGGCAUCUGGCAGCCAAAGAGCCACUGGAGGGAGCUUGGAGUCACUCUUGAGAUGCAAUCUUUAUGUGACUUGUCAUCCACAUGUAGCACAAGUCAAAUUGGUUACAACAGUCAGUGCUUUCUGGAUAGCUCUUGAGCUCUGUUUUGUAAGAUCAUUGUAUAAUAUUGGUUUUGACCAAUCAGAAACAAGAAUUAAACACAGCCAGGUAAUCACAGAUCUAGUCAUUGUACGUGCUGUUGGUCUUUUUUGCUUUUUCGAGUCUUAAAGAGGCAGAGGUAUUAACACAACCUGCUAAAUACUUCCCACAGGAGCAUUGAAGUCAAAAUAGUAAUAGUAAUAAUAACGACGACAAUAACUACGACAACAAUGACAACGACGACAACAACAAUUGUGAAAUAAUAAUAAUAUCAAUUAUAAUAAUAAUAACAACAACAACAAUAACAAUAAUUGUGAAAUAAUAAUAAUAAUAAUAAUAAUAAUAAUAAUAAUGAUAAUAACAAUGAUGAUGAUCUAAAAGGGAGAAGUAGAACUGGAUGAUAAAACAGAUAAAUAAAAAAUGAAAAUAAAAAAGAAUAAAACACACAAAAUGCCAAUAAAAUAAUGCAUAAUUAAUAUAGAAUCUAGCCGUAUAAACAAAGAUAUUUGUAUACUCCCUUAUUUUAGGUUUAAGCAUGUAAACACAAGGCAGAAAUAAAAAAGAAAUUAUUUUCUUCGAUCUAACUGACAAUUUUGCUAAAUACUGUCUAUUUUUGAUAUUCUCUCAGCCUGAAAAAAAAACGCAAUAGAAUGCAGCUACAAUAUUCUCUCACAAGGUUAAGGAAAACCAGGAGUGAGAGAAUAAAGUGAGACUAAAAUGAAACCGAAACGGUAAAAGAGAAAAACAGCUUGACAUUUAUCUUUUGUUAAGCAUUUUAUAAGCAUCCAGUCUUAAGGUCUUUUGUGCUUUUAUGUGUUUAUUGAGCGAGUGAGGACAAUAGAUGGAGAAGGAGAGUGGGUAGAGAUAGUAUAAGAAGACAUGUGGUAAAGGGCUACAGGGCAGAAUCGAACCCAGGCUGCCCGCUUUGAGCACAAUGGCUGAUAGUCGUAUUUAUCUUAUUUAACUCAGACCUUGUUUUUUCAAAUGUUGUCACAAUGUAUGUCUUCUCCCUCAUAAAUUUGACUCCCUCGGCACACCUCGGUGUACUUCAGGCUGAGCACACAGAGCCAUCCCUGCGUCAAAAACACCUCAUUGAAAAGCCAUCAGUCUGCUGUGGCCCCACUGUGGCCCCACAGGGAGCUGACAUGUUUACAGUCUUAUAUUGGAGCAGGAGGGCAAACUCAAUGUCAAGUCACUGAGCAUGUGCUGCCUGACUGUUCCCUGUCUGUGGAGUAGAUGUGAAUGCCAAUCAGCUGAGCGCUGGCAGUGAUGGAGCAACAUCAGAUCAAAAGCUGCAGCUUCUUUUCUUGUGUCCUGGUGUCAGAUUGAUUGCAGGAGGGGGAGGAUCAGCAGUGGAUCGAUCAGCUCACAGACAGACAUUGCAAGUUUCUAAUAUUAUCCAAGAGCAUCCAUCAACUUGAGGCUUUCUUGUUGGUUUGAGGAGCGAAGGAUGGCAGAGGGGAGAAGUGGAACAAUUGUGCUUUUCCAGGAACCCUCUCUGUUAGCCAUCAGUUACAGAGAAAAUCCACUAGAGAGCACUUUGGUUAUGUGAUCACAUUAUACCUCACUGUUGUCACGUGUUGUCACAGUGAUUCUGCCACGCGCACUUUGAUGCUGCUGGGCCAUUGAUCGGACUAUCUACAAAAAGAUACUGUAUGUGUAUGCGUGUGAGAGAGAGUAAGAGGUGGGAGUCAUUCAUAUGCAAAUGACCCUGUGCAUGUUUCAGCAAGCCGCAGUGUGAUUUUAUGUGUUUAAUGUUUCCUUUUGAUGUUGUCCGCAAAAAAAAAAAAAAAAAAAGAAAAUAAGACUUUGCUUUUAAUCUUAUUCAGUCUUGACUCUAUGGAGACCUUGAGAUGCUCCAGCUCAUGUGAAAUAUUUAAUGUGCAAAGAUUUGAAGUUGUUGCUGAGGCUUUUUUUUUUACAUUUAUCAAAACAACUUUACCGUCAGUCAAACCCCUCCAGUUUCAAAUGCCAAAUCAAAUGACAUCCACGGGAAGGUCAGUUAAUUGAUAAAAAGGGGGGAAAGUAAUGAAUGCUUUGAGAACAUCUAUCAGCAGUGACUGCAGAGGAUUAGCUGGACUGAAACCUUUCAAAUAGGUCAGAUAAACUCAAGAAAACAAGGUCACAAAGCGAGGCAUGAACUGCUAUUUUUAGCAGCAGAAUCUCUCCCCAGCAAAUCUGAAGAAAUGGAGCCUUCUUAAAGUCUUCUCAUCUGUAUAAUGAACCUGAUCACACUUCAGUGAAGGUACAGAGGCUGCAGUGACCGCUAUGGACAGUCCAAGAAACCCUACCUUAAAAAUGCAUGUGAAUGCAUUUGCUGAGUCCUUUGAGUCAAACAAAUAUAUCAGGCAAGGCAAAUUAACAUAUGGAGCACGUUUCAGCAUCAAAGUCAUGAGACAUUAAACGAAUCUCAACAUAGAUCAGAAAAAAACACUUUAUAUAGUACCAGUAUGGCUGUGUGGCUGUGUAAAUGGAUGGAUGAUUCUGAGGUUGUAUUAAAGGGAUAUUCUGGUGUAAAAAUAAGUUAGGUUCAAACACACUGUAACACAGAGUUAGACCCCCUGUCGAGAGAUGAAUGUUGCCGACCGCUUGCUUCUCUAGUUUUACCAACUUUAGUAAUGACCGAAUGAUAGCAAUACAGAGAUAGCAAUACAGAAAUAAUGCUCAGAGCAGCACCUAACUGCAUUAACAGUACAUAUAGGGUCCAAGCCAUAGUACUAGCCACCAAACAUCUUUUUAGCUUUGCCUAAUUUCUUUAGCAAAGAGACUGAACACAACUCACCUGCUCUCUUCCAGCAGCCGCUUGUUUGCAGCGGGGUGACGCAGCUCAAGAAGGACCAUUUGUGAUCAUUUCUUUAUCAUUUCCUAGAAACAAUAGUCACCAUAUUUAUCAUCUUGGACUGCAGACGCUGUAGUUCUUCUGCCUUAGCGUAAUAAUCUUAAAUGUUCUUCCUUGAGCUGCAUCACCCCGCUGUAGUCUGUAAUGGACUGGCCUGAGGUCUCGCUACAAACAAGCAGCUGCUGGAAGAGAGUGGGUGAAUUGCUGAACUGUAUCUGUUUAUGGAUGAAGCCAUCUUUGUUGUGUAAAUCGUCCACUGUUGCCUCUGUGACAGUUAAGGUUAGUGAGGAAGCAUUCCAGUCUAUAUGUCACUAAAUAUCCUCAUUCUGCAGACUGAAAUGGUGUUACACAUAUAUGAUGCUCUUUUUUUUCUCCUUAAAGUGGUUAAAAUUCAUGUAUUUUGUGGGUUGUACAGUGCUGCCUCACUGUUAGAAGGUUCCUGAUUCCCUGGUGUGACAGGAGAGCAUCUCUCUUUAGAGUUUGUUGGCUCUCUUCAUGCAUGUGUGGUCUCUCUACGCCUUCCUACUCCAGAUCAAAGAUAUGCUGGUGUCUGUAAAUUGCUUGUAGGUGUGAGAGUGCACCAGUGGUCCCUAUAUGUCAGCUAUGUGAUUGACUGGUUAUCUGUUAAGGUUGUACCCCGUCUCUCGCACAAUAACACCCUUAAGCAGUAUAGAUCAGUGGUGCAACAGAUCGUUUGGACCACUCGUCACAGUUCAGACGCUGUGUGAUCUAUAAAUUGAUGGAAAACUUAGCAUCAACAUGUGCAAUAUCAAGUGAGGACUCGUUCUCACUGUUUUUUAAAGCACCAGGUGCAGAGUUCAGUGUUCGAUUAACCAAACGGUGUGUAACAAGAUGGAUAAUAGCAGUUUGCGAUUGUCAGUACUGGCUCCAGAAAAACACCAGUGGCAGCAAUGUAACACCCACACAGUAGGCUUUCUUAAGUUUUCAGCAUCCGCCACCACACAUGCUGUGAGGGCUGCAGAGUGAGACUAUAAUUUACACUCUGUACAAGUUAGAAAAGCCAAGGAGAGCAGGUCAGCAGGGCCAUUUAAUUGACUGAAAUACCGCAAUGUGAAUACAGGAAAAUUACAUGACUGUGCACAGCUGGAGCACUGAUGCACAGAAAGUGAUUAAAAGCUAAGUUGAUUACUUAGUGAAGCCAAGUGACUCACCUGUUUCAAAUGAAAUUUUUUUUCCCUGUAAUUUUAUAGCAGCAUCGAAAUACGUUAGUCUUUGUUUCAUCGUGUGUUAAAAUACAUGGUUAGAUUCUGCCUGAGCAUUGGAGAAUGUAGAUGUCACUUUUCUUACUGCUGCUAAGCAAAAAACACAGUCUCCUCUUAGAGAUAAUCAAGUUUAUCUUGGAUUUUGGAAUUAAUAGAACCGUUUCAGAGAACAGAGACUUGCUGUAAAACUGAAUAUGUUCCAGACAGUACUUAAAGUUGAGUCCUUUUCACAUCUUCAUCUGAGCUUUAACUCACAGACUUGGGCUGUCUGUCUCUUAGAAGUUCCGACAGUGAUGCAGAAGAAUUAGUUAAGAGGGAGAAAGCUUUGAGUUUUCAUGGAGCAGCCUUCCUCUGGGUCUUAAAACAGCGGACUCACUAAGAAUAUUAACCGAGGAAGUGAAAGAGACAACUUUUUAACUUUGAGCGGGGUGAACUUUGCCCAGUCAGUACUUUGAUCUUUGGUUGUUUGGUUUGUUUUAUCUACCUCUAUGGUGAUUUUUAUUUUUCACACAUCACCAUUUUUAUCAUGCUUACGUUCUUGAUCUUUUUGUUAAGCACAUUGGGUCGCAUUUUGCAUAAAAGAUGCCUUAUAAUUACAUUUAUUAUGAUUAUCAUUUUUUUCCACUCAAAUUGGCUUCUCUAAACAGGGCCUGUGCUGAGUGUCAUCUAUUGCAAAAAACACGCUCAUCAUUUAUUAUUCCCUCAUGCAACCCCUCCUAAAAACCCCUGACCAUUAAAUUCAAACUCAGUCCCAUUCAGCAUAACAAUGGCUUUGUUUAGAGGAACAGUAGUUAGAGGUUGAGGUCCAGAACAGGGGUUCGGAGAACCCCAACAUCCAACUCUGACAAGUCUAGUAGGGGGUAAACUGCAGUAACUAUAGAACAAAACAAAAAUAUACGAAAGGCUGCUGAAGUCACAAGAGCUUUGAACAGUAAUAGCCUCCUGCACUGACAGAUGUUGAAUCAUCCCGAAGCACCUCCAAAGGGUGAAAUCUGCCCUGUUGCCACAUGCAUAUAUUUAAGGUGUGGUUGUAUCCUCUCUAAUGCUAUUCAAUCUUAUUGAAAAUACAAAAACAUCAUAUUCACAAACAGCCGCACAAACAGUAGUUUAGGCUGAAAUCGAAUUGAACAAUGUCUCCAGAGAAAACACACUAACUCAAGAUUAUAAAUGGGGUUUUUAAGUAACAGUAAGUUAGAGUUUAGCUUUUUACAACACUUUUUAGCAAAAAGUGUUGAAUUGUGUGAGGGAACACUUUUCCCAGAUGUGUGGAUUCGACUCCAGAGUCACCAUGCAGGAUGCCGCUGAGGCAUUUAGUUCCCCUGGAGCUCCUGCUCCCGCUGGCUCACUCACAAAGAAAUCCUUUUCCCAGAUGGUGAGUCUGGUAUCACAUCUGUCCGCUCUGGCAUCUGUAAUAAAACUGGGGGGAAAAAAACACCAAAUCCCUCUCAACUCGUUAUUAUACAUGCAGUGGAUUUAUCUUUGUUAGCAGCAGAAUGAAGCUCCAACAGCUGACAGCUCUUCUUUUAAAUGUAGGCUGAAAGUUAUCCUAACUGCACUGAGAUGGACACUCUGAGUACGUUUGAGUUUGAAUAUCAUUUGCAAAGCACGGUUUGUGGAUGAUUGCAAAAUGACCCUCUUCUCUCUGUGAAAAUAAGUACCUUAUGGGCUUUGAUGUGUUGAAAUACAACAGUUAUCCUUCUUCGCCUCCUUGAUAUCUUCUUUAGUCUUAAUGCUGGAACAAAACAUCAACACAGCCAUUUCUUGAGUCUUUGUCACAAGAUAGAAGAGACACUUUAACUUCAUUACCAGGAGAUCAGAUCAAUUAAAGACAAGGUUUGGGAGAACCAGGAAGUUGCUGCUCCUGCUAAGAUUAAUGAUUUACUGUUGUAUCUUUAACAUGUUUAGCAACAGUGGUACAAACUGUCAGGCUGCCACAGGUAGAAAGAGGAGAGCAGGGAGAGGAGCAGGAGGAGGCAGGUGUUUGUAUCCAUGACAGAAUGAGCAUGCUGAGGGAGAGGCUGUAGCGACCACAAAGGUCCACAAGCGCUACCUGAAAAGAGAGACGUUGCUCUUAAUCCUCGUAAAAAUGAGCCCAAGUCUGUUUACGUAAAAGCUUGAAAAGACUGAAUGAUUUGUUCUAUCUGCGGCCUGAUGAAAUACAAGCAGUAAAAGAGCUCAGGUCUUAAUGUAAAAAUACUAAAUUGGAAUUAAAACCUAGCAUUUCAUUUAUUUUAUUUUUAUUUUUAUUGAGUACCAUGAUUAAGCCAAAGCUCUUGAAGUGUGGUGAAAAAUUGAUGUAUGGUCUCUGCACAUAUGACCUCAAAAAAUAUAUUUCAUCCAGUUUGACACAAAGACAUGCUUUAAUAAAAAAAAAAAAACGAUGGACUUAACUUUAUUUUUAUGAUUUUAUUUAUUUAUUUUUUUUUUUACCAUUAAAUCUGUUUUUCAAAGAAUAAGAGGAAGUUUGAAGUUGAGUAUUUGUGUGUGAUGCAGAUGUAUAAUGGUUUGUUAUAAUUGUAAUUAUUCAAUUAUAUUAAAAUAAUAGAGAUUUUAAGUUUUCUGUAGCAGCCGCUGCCACUUCCUUGUCUGUUUUAAGACGUUAGGUGGUGACCAGAUCGCUACCAUGAACUUAAGGUUUUACUGUACGCUUGUUUUUAGCAAUAUAUUAAUCUUGUUUUUGUUCUAUAGAUUGUCAAUAACCUUGUAAAUGACAGCUUUAAUACCUUUUAGAUUGUGUUGUAUUGCAAGGGACCCUGAAAUUCCCACCACUAUCUAUCUAUCUAUCUGUCUGUCUGUCUGUCUGUCUGUCUGUCUGUCUGUCUGUCUGUCUGUCUGUAAAUUGUUGCUUCUAGUCCUGAUUUUAAGCACGUGAUGUACGCUGGGUCUGAAAGACGCUCAGAACACAUAAUUAGAGCACAUUUUUCUCUAUCAGAGCAGCUUUGGCAACAGGAGCUCACAAAGAGGCUGGCACCUUGCUUCCCGUGCUCGAAGGAGAAGAAUGCCACGGGAAAAGGACGGCAGAUUUGUUUAACCAAUUUUCCUGAGGUGAAGCCUGCAUGUUGUAAUAACAUGUAUGAGUCUUUCAAGAUACAGGUUUGCAGCAAAAAAGCCUUUUGCGGUACAGAACAACAGCUGAUGUCUUAAUUAGUCUUGCUUAAGAAAGAACUUGUCCUCUCCUCCUCAUGUGGAGAAAGGCUACAAUUUUACUCCAUUUGCUGAGAGGAGAGGGUGACAAUCCUCCAUAGGGUAACUCUGGUAUGAUAGACUUUCAUUAUGUGAUGCAAAGCUGUAGACUUAUUUUACAGUCUGUGAGUUGAGCCUAUUUAUCCACUUAGUCAGAAAAUGAAGCUAUUUGGCACAACAAAAAGUGUCAUAGUAAAGCCGCUGAGGACAAAAGGAUCAAAGUCUCUCUUCUCUGCUCUGGCAUAUAUUGUAGAUAAUUGAUGAGUCCUCUCCUCUGUGCUGGUGCUCAGAAGUAAAAACAAAGUUUAUUCAAAAUAAACAAGAAUGGGAAAGAAAGCUUAAAUGGUGAACUACAGGCCAACACUUUGUCUAGUACAGUUUGUAUUGAGGGAAUACAAAAAUAUCACUUAGUAAUACUCAAUCAUUUGAUAUUUACCCUUUUGCUUAAAGGUCCCCUAUUAUGGCAUUUUUCAUCAAGUUUAAAUCAGUCCCAGAGGUCCCACAUUGGUAAAUUUGAAGUUCGUUGUCUAAAACACCAGUUUAUUUGUAGAUAUCAGCCAGCCUGUACCCCCCUCUUUUUGAGCUCCACUGAGAACGGGCUGAUUCUGUGCCUGUACCUUUUAAAUGAUAAUGAGCUGUGUGUAACCACGCUCUUCCUCCCCAAGGCCACUCUGAGCUGCUGGCACCACCACCGUGGUCCAGGAGUGGUGGUCUGGAGAUCUUCUGAGGACCUUCAGAGGAUCUCCAGACCACCGCGGCUAUAUUCACAAGAAUAUAAGUAAAUAGAAGCGAGUCCGAAAACGAAUACCAACGAUGGUAAAUACGCGCAAUUGCAGCCAAAGCACUAGUCAUACGGCAGCGGUAAAGCAACAUAAAAUAAUAAAACUUACAGCGUCCACGUUUGAAGUUGGGUCGGAUCCAGGUUUUAUCUUCAACUUCUUGGCGAAUCCUGUUUUAAACUGCCCCUCGUUGGUAAAACAGUCCGUGGUGAAAUGGUUAGCACACACAAACAACAUUUUCGGAGUUGUUGUGGGUACAUUUUCAUCAAAAAAAAAUUAAUCCACUGGGUUCUCAUGCUGCUUAUACGGUCAUGUCGUCAUAACUGCACAGCUUUUCCAUUCGCCCGUUUGCACUCAUGUUUUCAGGAAGGAGGGGAAAGCAAGAGAGGGAGAGAAUGAAAUUCUUUAUGUGGGGGGUUUGUUGGCUUCAUAUGGAUGCAUAUUAUUGGUAGAAAACCACCCAAAAGUGGAUUUUUCAUAAUAUUGGACCUUUAAUUGUAGACUGUUUCUAAGCACACAGCUUGCUUAGAUGAUUAAAGCCUUUGUUUAGGCUCACAUGGUGAAUAUAAACCUUUUUAAAAUGUACCCCUGGUGUUACUUCGGUCCCCGUUUAAUACUGAGUUUAUUUUCUGUAGUUUCCAGAGCUUGAACUGCAUAAGGGCUUCUGAUUUAUGUUUAAUACCCAAAUAACGUCAGAAUCUCCUGAACCGUGAAAGAGGUAAAGCUCGAUUCGGAGCAGAUAAUGGCUGAGAAGACGUAGACUGUGUCGUGGCUUUUGCAUUGAAAAAUGAAAGGGUAAGAAAAGAAACACAAACAUUCAAAAAAGAAUAUUGAAAGAUUUAUAAAGGAGAGAAAUUCAAGAAAUGAGAAAUAUUCAAGAGAGAAAAUAGAUAUUCAAAAGAGAGAGAAACUCAUAAGGAAGAAGCAGAAGUAAGAGAAGGAAGGAGGAAAUAAAAGGAUGCAGAUCAACAUUUGAAAAAUGGGAGCAUCAGCAGCAGACACCCUCGUAGCUAUAUUCAGCAUCUCUGUUUAAAACAAUGUGUGAUCAGGGAGCUGUAAUGAGAACCCAUCAGGUAGAGAGUAAAUUACUGCAUUUACUGAGCAUAAAAGGCUGCUCUGUGGAUGAUCCUUCAUCUGCACAAGGCAGCUUUGAAAACAUCCCUGAAAAAGUCACCCAGCUCCUGAUGUUUCAACAUGUGCCUACCUCUAUUUUUCACAUUCCACUUUGAUUCCACUUAGAUUUGCGUUGCUGCGGUUCUGAGUUGUUAUGAUUGUAAUUUUCAGUCAUCUGCAUAGAGCUGACAGUUAUACUUGCCCUUUACUAUUCAUAUUAGGGCUUUAUAUAAAAUACAUAAAGCAGACUUUUAAAAAUACAGCACGGUGAAGAGGAUUACUUCAGAGCGACAGAGGAGAAUUGGCCUGGAAAAUUAUUAAUAGAGUUUCAUUCAUUAUUAAUAUUUAAGGGUUGAAAGCCGAAGUAAUUUCAUAAUCCUAAGGUUCGUGUUUUCAUGCUUUGCGGGGUUCAUAUGCAAAGUUGGGAAGCACUGGAUCAGAAAACUUGACACAAUUAGGAAUAACUUGUGUUAUGUGUACAAGAUGUUUUCAUUAGGAGCUGAAAUUUUAAUGAAACUUUUAAAGUGAAGGAUGUUGGCGUGCAAAGAAGAGUGUCAGCAUUUUUGUGACGAAUAGUUUCGUGUUGAUUCAGCAGAAAGAUUCUUCCUCCGUCUGCCAGGAAUGGAAAAGGGUUUUUAUUGUUAAAACUUAAUUAAAGUUCACAUAACGUUUUCCGAUGUAAAAAAAAUUCAAGGACAGUUAUCGUUUAUUUAUACUUCAUGAUGUGUUUAAUUUGAUUUUUCAUUUUGUUGUUUAUUUAUUGAAAUCAUGGAAGACCUGACUUGGACUUGAGCCUCAGAGACUUUAGAUGUGAUUUUUUAACUCCAUCUGUGGGACUGUCUUAGCUGUACCUGCUUAAAGCCUUUUCCACCCUUAAAUUCUGCCUGGUCCGGAUUUACAAAGCUGUCAUCAGGCCGCUGCAGCCCACUAAACCUGGUUUUAGGGUGACUUGGGGAAACAUCAUUUUGUAGUUGCACUGUAGCUCAUGUUGCGUUGUGUUUUUAUUUCUUCCUCCCUUUAAUAAAAACAAUGUGCCUUGGGCUGUGUGUUUUUCUUCCAGAUACCCACGAUGCAGUUUUACGGUUCAACGCUGCGCCCACAGAGGGAUAUGAGAGAGAUGUGGGGAACAAAACCACUAUCCGCAUCAUAAACUCGCAGGUGAGGGAGAGUGUUGUGUGAUGCAUUAAAAAUGAAUCACUGAUAAAACUCAGAGAGCUGUGUCACUCUCUGAAACAUGUGUCAGACUACUGCUGGAGCAUAUGAUGAAAACAUCAAUGAUUUAUGACUUUCAGCAAAUUAUUUCUCUUGACAAGCAGUGGAGGCUGUUUUAUUUAUGACUAGAUUGUAUUUUACAGUUUUAAAACAUGUUUUAUUUACUUUACUGAACUAGAGAAGAGAUCAUAAAUCAAGGACAUUUGCACUUUUGUGUACAUUCUUUCUUAUUUUGUGAUACGUCACCUCUAUUUGAGAUCAGUACAUGCUUUUUAUGACAUAUUUACUAAAUGCACGGCCUCUAAAUUACAUCUUCGCGGGUUCCAGCUCAACCAAGUCCAGACUCUUCAGCAUGAAAAGACUGCAAAACAGUCUUUCAACUAGUCAUGCUGCUGUUUCAAACAAAGACAUAGAAGGGCCGUUUGAAUCUGGUGCAAGAUUUAUUCCAAACAACAACUGUAUGAUGUAUAUUUUAUGUCAUGUAUAUAAUGAAAAGGCUGUGUUAUGUAGAAAAGUUUGUGUAGGGAUAAUAACACCAACAUCUGCAGUCUUGCUCAGCUCUCAAGGGGAAUAAUUAAACUUAGUUUAUCCAAAGCCUCAACACUCUUUAAAGCUUGAUUUCACAUAUAAGUGCAGUCUCAUUCCUUUAAAGCUCCUGUGAGUUUUCUUUUUUUUUUUGGAUGCUCAUGAAAAAGGUAAAAAUUCUGAUUGAUGUCUUUUUAUAAUAUUCAAAAGCAAACCAGACCAUCAGCAACAAAACUAUCCUCACUCUUAACCCCUGAAACUGGUAUGGGAGGGUAGAUGAUGGUUUAGCAGCUGAGGAAACAGCUUUUUUUUAAUUACCUAUUGUACAUAAGAUAUUCACAAAAGUCAGCAGGAUGUACUGUACCUCACAGGAGCUUUAACCUGGACUGUCAUUGGCUGUUCGAUAACUGACUAUUUUGGAGACAGUGUAGUAAAUCUAUUCUUUGCACAAAGAGAUUUCCUAUUUACAGAUUUCAUAGAUUUUUUGUUUACCUUUGCAUAAAUGAAACAAAAAGGAAUAUCGGUAACGGCUGUAAUGUUGAGAUUUAAAGGCAUGUUUUAUUAUUGUCAAAGUUAUGCAAGCUACUGAUUUCAAACUUAGUGCUGUGCUUAACUUAACAAAUAUCAAGAGGAAUAAAGUUCUCCUUUCUCUUCAUUAAAUUUUUGCUUUUAAGCUCCUGUGAGUACAUUUUACAUAGUUAACAAGCUGAAACAAAGAUUGAUGUAUUUAGAUUCCCUGAUCGAUUAUUUAUAAGUAGUCAUUAACUGUGUCAAAAAAAGGGAUCAACAGAAUGCUGCCAAAAAAAAUCUUAAUGACUGAUACCUAUGAAAGAAAAAAGGGUAGGCUUUCAUUGUUUUAUUUUUAAAGCAAAAAACAUUCAUGUCACAUGAAUCAGAAUCAGUGAAAAGUCUGCUUUGUCUACAGGAGGCACCUACAUCAACACAAUCUGAUAGUCCUUCUCAGGAGCUUAAAGUAGAUUUACAUACUUGGUGUUGAAAUAAUUGGGAAUAAAUUGGAUGUAUUACUUUGUACUUCUGCGUAAACAAUGUAUUUCCUAAAAAGUUCAAAGCCUAUUUGCCCUUACAGAUAUUGGACAAUCCUAUACAUCAAUUCAACACAAGCUCAAUCUACAAGAAUGUGACUCUGGUGGCCUGGGACCCUGCACCUUACACUCUAAACUUACACCAGGUAUGUUUGUCUCUGUAAUAUAUGAACCUGUUUCUGCUGCGACACCCACAGUAAUGAAAGGACAUAAACUAGAGUCAAUUCAAAUAAUUCACGGAUCCAGAAUGUAAAGAAGGUGUUAAUAAUGUGCCUCACUUGCCUACUCCGCUCUCACCCUCCUCCCUCCUCUUCAUCGUCUUUGUUCUACCUUUUGAUUAUAAUUCAGAGAACAGUCCCCUGCCACAAUCAAUAAGAUCCUGAAGACUCCUGUGAGGGCCAAAGCGUUCAGGUUCAUAUCCUGAAAAAUGCACUUUGCAAUUAAAAUUGAUUGCUUGCUUUGUGUGAGCACGUCUCAUGGCGGUUUGAGUUAUUUGACCAAUUUCUAUGAUGUUGGAAUAUUAAAUAUGUCCUUGUCCGGUUCUAUCCGGUUACUUCCACCACCUGAUUUUUUUCAUGGGUUAAUAAUAGAAGCACUUGUCUUUUGAAAUUAGUUGACCUUUAGUUCCCUGCAAGAGCAGCGGGUUGUUGUUGUGCAGCAUUAGCAUGGUCAUCUCUUGUUGCACAACACAACUCUGCAAGAUGGAGCUGAUGACCAGUUUUUCUCCAAUCACUUUAACGGCUCAUUGAAUUAAAGGAUAAACCAUGUUAGCCUUGAUCAGAUUGAUCACCAGUGGGCAAACAUGCAUUUAGGGAAUUGUUAUGUAGCUGCAGCACGCUUCAUGCCACCUAAUCACAGACAGCCUCAUGCUCGACAAAGCUGUUGGUGUCAUACAGAGGUAAGAGCAAUGAUUCUUGGAAAGAGGCUGAUGAGACUGUUACGAAGGACAUGCUACAUGCUUCCCUGCAGCCUGUGUUGUUGUUUUUUCUGUCUCUUCAGCUCUGGUGCUUAUUGUGGUCCCAGCUAAUGACAGCUUUAGCCUUUUAUAAGCAAUGUACCAAGUUAAAAUGAUGCUCUGUUUCUUUGUAUGCUCAGAAGGUUUAUUCUUUUUUAUUAGACAUUUAGCAAACAUGAUGUUUAUGUUGCAUUUUUGGAGUGUGUGUUUUUUUUAUUUUCAUCAAAUACUCUCAAAGAGCUCACGGGCAAUCAUCACAGAAUCAGAAUCAGAAUCAGAUUGCCUUUUAUUGUCAUUAUACGCAGUACAAUGAGAUUAAAGCCACCCAUAUCAGUGCAAGACAUUGUAAAAAAGAUAGAUAAAAAAUAUAGAAAAAUAUGAAACUAGAUUAAUAUGAAGUAUAUACAAUGUAAACGUGUGGACCUGAGAUUCUUUUGACAGGAUAAAUAUGGUACGGAUGUGCAUAGGUGUAAAUAUGUAACAGUAUAAAAUAUAAAGUGCACAGUUCUGAGAUCCUAUUAACAACAUUAACACCCAUUACACAAGUCUGAAGAUGCUAUUUUUGGAAAUGCCUCUUGGUUUGGACUCCACUCUGGUGACUCUAUGAUUCAGCCAAGACUUUACUGUGCUGCAUUUAGGUCUGUAGAAUAUACAUGUCAUAUUUUAAACCCAUUACACUCUCCUGGGGAGGGCAUAACCAUCUGUUUCAAGUGCUGGUAGGUCUCUGUUCAACAGUGCGCUCAUCAGGCAGACACUAACGUAGCACACAGAGACUUCACUCUGGUUUUCUUCAGUAGUAUGAAACCUGCACACUCUUUCAGGUCUGUCCCCAUUAGGAGAGGAAAACAACCUGUAAAAUGCUUGUUCGGUGAAAAGAGGUCAGAUAAUUUCUGAGGUGUUCCAGGGAGUCUAGAAAGGUAACCGCUAAUUUGCUUCACAACACCGUUUCAGGUAGAUGUGUUUUCUGCUAGUUUUUUCCCCACACACCCACUGUUUUUCCCGUGUACACCAAAGCCUGCUAUUAUUACACACCGAAUAAGGGUUUGCUGUCUGAAGUGUCCUGAUGUCUUUCUGUAGUAUAAGUGGUAUGGUCAGCUCGCAUUUCAGCAGGUUACGGCUAUUGAGGUUAUUGAGAAAAGAUUAUUAUUGAGAGCAAAAGAGAGGGAGCGCAUAAUGGAACCAGUCCAUGUGCAUCAAACAAAGACUCAAUGCAAACCAAAAAUAAGGUCAAUAUCUACAUGGGAUUUUUACAGCGUACCAUGCAUCCUUGAGGUUCAUAAUAGACUGUCAAGGUCUCACAAUUGUGAGUUGUGCUCUGGCGUUAUUGGCCAUCUCUGACAACCCGAAGGCGAAUGCUCGGUACACAUUCAUUUUCUAGGUAAUUCUUGGCCUGCCAACACACUGUCUUUGUGUUCUUAUCAUACAGAAAAGUGCUGGACAGUAUUCAUUAUGUUCUCAGGUCUUUUUUAUUCUCUCUGACCCAACAACUCAUGCAGAACUUGGGAAAGGGGUUUGGGAAGUCUGCACCCUCAGCCUGGAACUUAUUCCAGAAUAACCCGAAACUCAAGGAGCUGGAGUGUUUAAAUGUUUCAAAAUCUGAAAGAGUUCGAAAGAAGAUGCGUCAGAACUUCAUUGCUUUUUGAUUUCCUGGUUGCACAACGGACUCUAAGAUAUUUUCUUUUUUUCUAACUGAACUUUAAUUCUGACAGACUGUACUGUGGUUCCCUGUGUGUGUCCUUGUGGGUUAAGGUUGAGGCCCAUCUUAUAAGAUCAGGCACACUCCCAUCCCAUCUUCAACCACAUGAGUGUAACACUCUCCAGCAACGAGGCACUUCAUAUCUCUUCAAUGAAGUCUUUAUUCGUACUACAGUCCUCACUCAUACUCCCAAGGCUGCUGGUUAUACAAGACAAUGGAAACACAGAGAAUUAGAGGUCUUGGCUGAAAGUCCUUAAUUACCCGCCUCUGGCCUGUUCAUUCAUGUUUCUUGUCUGUUAUAGAGUUUAAAUGGGCUUCCACUGAAAAGUCUCAUAAUCAUAAGGUUGGAGUUAUACAAUUAGAGUUAUAACAGUCAAGUGAAAGAGUGCAUUCACUGUUUUAUGGUGCAUCUAAGCCAAUUCUAACAGACUGUCCUUUUUAUCAGUAAUUGACAGCCUCAUUAUAUCACUAUGUUCAUAGUUUGGCUUGCUGUAUUAUAACGAACAUAUACAUUGGAUAGUAACACAGGGUUAUAGAAUCCAAGUGGGCUGGUUUGUGCAGCAGAGGAGAACAUUUCUCUUUGGCUCCUUAACAAAGACGGAUAACAUCUCAGCGAAGAGACCCUGAACUCCUCACACAAGGCUGUGCUGAACUCAGUACAUCUUGAUAGUGAUACUAAAUUCCAUCUUCAGGGAUUGCUACUAUUGCUUGUUUGUGAAUGUUAAUAAAGCCCUACCAUACAAAGGAUUUCUCGAAGCGGAUGUGCUUUUCCCAGAGUGGGCAGUAUUACAAAAGUAUAGUUCAGCAUUAUUAAUAACAGACAGUCUUCUCGAUACACAAACUGUUACGCUUCCUUUUAGUAAUGACUAAAGACUUUUACUCAGAAGAGCACUGAUGAGUUGGACUUGACAUUUACAACACUGAAUAUGGUAGGAUGUAAGGUUAAAGACAAUUUUAUGUUGAUUUUGGUACUUUUCUUCUUUUUUAUCAGGCCGUACUCAUCAGUCCAGGCAAAACCUAAGGCUGGGUUUUAAAUAAAGGUUAACUUGCAUGCAGCAUUCACAGGCUGUCUAAUUGGCAACAGUGCUAAAAAGAGGUGUCAUGAAUAAAGAGUGGAUUGCACAGAUUUAUAGCAAAUGCAAGCAGAAGAAGUGCAACACAUGUCUUUUGAAAAGAAAAAUCUGAAAAAGAAAGACAGACAUAUAUCAGUCUGGGAUAAUCCAAAAAAAAAGAAAGUGAUGUUUAUAAAUUACCUGGAUUUUCACUGUAAGUUAGAUGCUAUAAUGUUGUGCAAGUUAAAAUGGUUAAAUACCUGAUGGGUCGUAGGCAGGGCUUCAGGUGGCAAAAGAUAAGCACUAGUACUCCCUUUAUCCGUUUACAUAUUAGUUAAUACAAGUAUGACAUAAUGUGUUUUUACAGUUGGUUAAAGAUAUCGGGGGAUAUUGCUCAUUUCCGGGACAUAUUUUCAUUAAAAAACACAAAGAACCUCUAUCUCUGUGUCACCAUGUUCCAUUUUUUAAUCAAGUUCAACAGACUUUACACUGUAGCUUUAUCUAAUGCAAAGAAAUCCUUGAUGUUAGGACCUUACUUGAGAACAAUGUAAACAGCUACUUUCAUACACAGCAGAAACAGACUGGAAUAAAAGAGGACAGGAAGUAAGAAGACCAGGUCCUCCAGCUCUAUUCACCUUCAGUUCUCCGUCACCCUCUUGGAGCCAGGCCAACAUUGCUGUCAUUUUCUUUUUAUUGGAUUGUCCUUGUUUAUUCACCUCCGCAAAGAAUUGCGAGUUUCCAUUAAUAUGUCACUACUCUCCUGUGAAAGCAGACCGCAGAAAGAUAUAAGAAUUGUGUUGGCCAAGCACGCCCAAAGUGGGGUACACACAGCAAGAUAACCGCGCUGAUUUUGGGCCCAAUUCAGGAAAAGUCAGCAAAGGCCCAAGAUUUGGGUGGUUUAAAAGAUUAUCUUGCCAGAUUUAAGUCCUACUCUGAUUGUUUUUUUACUACUUUAAGUGUUCUCGGUGAUAGUUAAAUUGUGAUUAUAAAGUUUUUAGCCAAAAUCGCAUUACCUGUGUCAUUUCCAAGGGCUUUUCUUCUGCAGAGCUCCAGUAGCUCAUUAGCAAUUCGCCUCUGAGUCGUGGGCGGAGACAGCGCUGCUCUGCACACUCCCCUUAACGCAAGCUUGUUGCCUAACAUUGCCGAUGCAGCAGAAGUGGCAGGUAACAUAAGAGAUAUUCAGCUCUCUGACACUAAUGUCUCUGGGGACAUGAUGAAAACCAAUGUCAUAGUUAGCUUUAUUACGAACAUUGCAAUCCGCACACUUGUUCUGUGAUUGUCCUCUCUACUUCUCAGAGUGCAGAGGACGUGCCAGGGCGAAGUACCGAUUUUUGAAAUAGAAAAUCCUACUAUGUCUGAACCAGUGGCGGCUGCUGGUCUUUCAAUGAGGGGAAGCUCAUUUUUCUGGCCUACAUCAUAAUUGUAUUUGUUUAUUAGUAUGUAACAGAACAGAGUCGUCAAACACAACGGCAGUCGUUUUUAAUAAAGACAGAAGUCGCUGAGGAUUGGUAAAGUCUCCAGAGCAGUUAAGAACAACGGAAUGAAUGACUUGGAAAAUGCUCUGGUAGAUGUUUUAUUCUUCAAGAUCGCUGAUUCGCUUGUUUAGCUGUCAAUCAAAAAAGGAUUUCGCCUCAGACAGCUCAUCCAAUCAUGGAUGCAGAAGCUUGCAGUCCGGGAGAAAGUCGGGACCGCCCUCUCGCCAUAGAACUCCAGUGAAGCUUAGCUUCCAUUGGGCGGGACAAAGCCCAGCAUUUAUCCAAUGAGCGUCUAGUUUCGCUGCUGGAACAACCCACUUUUAGCUUCCACAUUGAAGUCAGCAGAAGCCCAGCGUCCGGCUGUUUAAAGCGCUGAGGCGCUGCGAGGAUGAAUGAGAACGAAGUUAUGCCGGUUACCUAUAAUUAUCAGCUUCUUAUCACAGUGUCUGAACAAAAGAUGAAGGCUUUCUAGUGCGUAUUUAGUUAAUGAAAUGUACACACAGCAGUACGUAUUUCACCACUUUUUCUUUUUUUUGGGGGGUGACAUUUUAAGGGAAGCCGAGCUUCCCUUGCAGUCUUAGAGCAAUCGCCACUGGUCUGAACCUAACUGUUUGGGUCUGUGAGAGGUUCACACAAUGAUUUGAAUGCAGAAAUACUCAGAAAUGCAAUUUUGCGCUGAGUUUUCUCAUGAUACGUCCUGAAGCAUCAGAAAAUGCCAUGUGAACAUGUAGUCAAAAAAAAAAAAAAAAAAAAAGGUGUCCAUUGUAAUGUGGAACAGCUAUAGCCAAUCAGAAAGUAAGCUGACAAAGUGAGAAGCACAAAAAAUGUAACCAUUGUAAUGAUGGUUAACGCUUAUGUUUGAUACAUGAGGACAACACAAGUGUUUACACAACUUAUUUGGUAAUACACACCAGAUAACACUCUCCGUAACACAAUAUGAAGAGGGCAGACAGAGAAGGGUGCUGGCAGCUGGUACUAAGCUGUCAUUUGCUGAAUGGAGUCCCUGUUUGCCAGGGGGUUAUAUCUUGAAGUGUCAGUGCUGUAUUCUGGAGAGUUCAGGCCCACUUGAGGCACUUAGGUACUCUUGAGUUAGACACCUGAAUGAUCCCACUACAGUAGAAGUGAUGUGUGCAUAUCCACAUUAAGAAGUACACAGUUAUGCACAGCACAGUAAUUUCACAAUAACUUGAAUUUGUCAGUGGAGGUUAAGUGAAACAGCAGUCCUCUUUAAACCCUGAGGGGUGAAAGGGUUUUAAGACUAGACUCGGACUUGAAAUGUAUUGACUUGUCCUCAACACUGACUACAACAUUAGGUCAUUUGGAAAUCCUUCAAGUCAAAUUUAAACUGUUGCCAGGUAGAUUUUGUGUGAUUAUGACCACACAACUGUGAAAGAAACGAUGCUUAUAUAACCUUAGUACACUUACAUAAACAAGCACUCAUCCACGCACCAGCAUAUUCCCUCCUCCUCUGGUACUUGGAUGUAUUUUAUGUUAGUAAUUAUUUAUAAAUACUUAUUUUGGUAUAUUACAGUAACUACUUUGUUUAAUGCACACCAUGUAUGUAUCAUAGAUUUAUUCAUUAUUUAAGAUACAAGAAUGUUGUAAAAAAAAACAUUUUCCCACCUACUGUGAAAAAAACACAGUCUGAUAUUAUGCAGAGCCAAAGCAGCUGUGCAACCAAACAGCGUAUCACGAAAAAUCUACCUACACUGCAGGCUUUAAAUGUCUUUGGAGAUAGAGAUAUUAAAGUGUGAAAAGUAAAAAUGGGUUAAUGUACAGUUAAAUAGAGAUGCAGUAGAUAGAGAUGCUGUGGAGAUUUGUCAUGUUUUGUAAAUCUUUGACAUUUGCAAAAGGAAAAAUGUCCAUCUCAGCUGUUGGCAGAAAAUGUCAGAUACCAUUCAGAGACUAUAUUGAUGUUUGGAAAUAUUUUUUUUAGCUCUGAUGAAAGCCAGGAGAGUCCAUGAGGCUUGAGGUCAGGUCAUCAAAUAGAUGAAAAAGCAGAGUGGGUGAAAUCAGAGGAGGUUUUUUCCUCUCCCAGUCUCUCUGGUUCUCUGAAUAUAUUUAAACCUCAUUCUUUUUGACAUUUUUUACUUCCUGAACUUGCUUGUUAUGUGCUUUCAAUUUUGACUUUUUGUGCCUCCCACUAGAUCAUUACAUGACUGGACCAUACGCACAAACUUUCUUUCUUUCCUGUUAACAGUUUCCCAUCAUACUCAUCUACCACAUCAAAACAUCUUGGUGUUUCAUGCGGAGAUGAAAUCAAACCUGGAAAAGCACUCAGCUUUAUUACAAAAGAAAUGUGUUAGAUAAAGUGGCUAAAAGCUAAGUUUAAAUUCUUUUCAGAUUUAUGAAAAGCAAAAAUGCUUCCUUUGAAAAUUGAACCACUGAGAAAAACAUCUAAUUGAAAAUACUAUUUUGGGGUGUUUGCGCAUAAGGUGCAUCAACGACAUGUUGAAAAGAAUUUAACUGAAGAAUAGUUGUGAUGUUAUACAAAAAGUUAGUGUUUUUUCAUGUUUGAGGUAGCAGAGAAAACAGAUGAAUGAAGAAGAAAACUUUCGUACAUCAUUCAGCAGAGUAAAGGCCAACCUUUUAAACAAAGAAAUAGCAACAAUAAAAAUGUCUUAUUUCUUCCUACUGGCGACAGCUGAUAUUGAUUACCUCUUAAAGCCCUUUAAGAAAUGUUUAUUGACUAGAGAGGAGAGUAUCAGAACUUGUCAUUUUUAAGUUAACUUCUGCUACCUCCUUUUUCUUCUGCAGUGGUAUGCUAGUCCAGACUACAACUUGUUUGGUCCUUACGUGGCGCACCGUAAACUCCAUCGCAACCAGCCCUUCUACAUCCUCCACCCCGCCUAUGUGUGGAGACUUUGGGAUGUGAUUCAGGGCAACACUCAGGAGAACAUCCAGCCCAAUCCCCCCUCAUCUGGCUUCAUAGGUGAGUGCACAUGUACAGCUAGCACACAUACAAUCGGUAUUUAUGUAGAGUGCGUCUGUUCUCUUUUAACUGUCUUUGUCCUCUUAUUUUAUUGUGUCUGCGCCUACCCCUGGAUGAUAUAUAGACACUGAGACACACACACAGAUACUAAGACAUGAUGAUUUCUUUUCUUUAGCAUGCACAGUGACAUUAUCAGCACGCAUCAGAGCUGUGCAAUGCUUUCCAAAGCAGUUUAUCUGUGCAGGGCUGUAGCACUGCAGGCUGAAACUCUUCUAUUCCUUUGUAUCCAGUUCACAGCGGUCUUUUCCACUCUUAAAAGCAUUUUAAUUGUUACCCGCAUAUAGAUGCCUAACAAACAACACUCAUUCCUGGCUGGUUGAAUUUGUUUGCCUGAAAGCAAAAUAAUGUUUUUACUGAUUUAACGGAUCAAAAAUCUUCUUUUUUUCACUUGUCAAUGUAAUAUCCAUUUAAGACAACACAACAGAAUACAGAUUCAGUGUCGACCAUAGCACAGUGAAAAUCUUUUUCAAUUUCAGUGAAAAUUGAGAAAAUAAUAAUGUGAUUGUAAACAAAGAUAAAUGUAGAGUAGAGAUUUUUUGAAAAGCAGCGGAGUUAUAAAGAAAGAAUACUUUAUGCAGGUUACAGGUAACAUCAAGUUUAAAUCUAAGAAAAAAAAUUAAACUUCAUCCAUCCUGCAGUUUGGCUCUUCAUAUUUUUUCUGUUAAAAGUGGAUAAUCAACCACAAUAAAACACUCCAAAUUAACUUCUUCAUAAAAAAAAAUAUGUCAUUGAGAAUUUAGUCUUUUAUUUUUUUAAAUAAUCAGAUUUUGUCUCUGUUUCAGUGCUUUUAUUUCACAGGAACGCUUUAUCUUUACUUUUUAAAUUAAUAUUUAAACUAUCUAGAUUCAGCUAAUUUUAAUGACUUUUUUUUGCCAUUGAUGCUCACAACAGUCUUCUUACUGUUAACUGCUGUAAACUACUUAAACUUUCAUUUGAUCCAUACCAAAGGUGAUAAUCUAAUUAAGCCCAGUUCAUUGAUUGAUUGAUUGAUUGAGUAAUUGAUUAGGAAACCCGUCAGCAAGUGCUGUCAAUAGAUACCAUUCGCAGUCACCCGACGAUCGAACUUCAGUGUUUGAAACAUUUGCAUGUUGUGAGUCAAUAGCAACCAAACUAACAGUAAAUCAGUCAGGAGUUAGCAUAUGCUCAUGUUAGCUGAGGUAUAAACUCACUGAUGAAUUUGGAUGCAGUGAAACAAAUAACACCUAAUAACAGUAUUAACCAUCUCUUUGCUAGCAGUACUGUUUGAUAGAAGGGCCAGUUCCUAGCUUAUAGUGAUGUUGGAAUUGAGAUGAUAAUGCUAGCAGUUUUGUUGGGCUUUCUAAUGUCAUAACAACAAGACAUAAUACAAGCAUUCACCACCCUAACGACAACUCAAAAACUUGUAGCCUUUAUUACUGAAGUUCCUCUCAUUUUCUCUCUGUCCUCCCCUGAAAUGUCAUCUUAGACCUCACACACUGUAAAUUAGUAGGCUUGCUGAACAUCGAUAGAUUUUAGUCCCACUGUUCUUUGGGGGGCAGGCUUGUGAAAAGGUCAAAUCUGCAGUGUUCUUGUUAGAGAUGAGCCUUUUUUCAGAAAAUAUAAAUUGACAAUUUUGAAUGAUUUCCCAUCAAUAAUUGUACUUGUAAAGACAUGCAGAUAUGUUGCCUAUACAUUAUAUAUUGAUAAUCUUAUUCUUGAUAUUUGGCAUUGUGACUUCACUGAGUGUAUUGACCUCCAAAUGAACAAGAGCUUUUAUUUGUUUCAUGGGAAAAUAGUAAGUGCAAUGGCUGGGUCCUUGGUUGCCAUGGCUACAGGUUAGAGGGUGGCUGCUGUGUAAUUUUUUUGUCUUAUUGGAGAAACACAGUCAUUACAAAAACAAGGGGGACGGAGAUGCACUGGGUGCUGUCAGUACAGCUGCCAUUGUUUUUUUUUUUCUCUCCAGAGAAGGACGUCUGGCACUCUCUCCGAUCAAAACAGUAACAGUGUUGAUGAUGGGUGCUUACUUCCUUUAGCUAGAAAAAAAAACAUUUUACUGCAUCCUGUUAAAGUCAGGAACGUAGUGAAAAACAGCUCAACACAUCUCUUUUAGCUGAAGAGAAGGCUUUCAGACAUCUCAUUUAGCCAAACCUUUGAAUCUCAGUAUCUUUUUCAGUAUGACAUUGAAGAGGAGCAGAUGCUCUGUCCAUUCCCCCCAAAAAGACUGAUAUCCAUUGACAAUAAUGUAGCCAGUGUCCCUCAAUAUCAAUUUUUUUCAAAUCAUUCUUGCAGAAACUUUCAUCUUUUUGAAAAUAGGAGAAGAUAACAAUAUUCUUCCACAGCAAUGACAUUUAUUUAAACAAAAAACCAACAGUAAAACACAAUGCAUUGAUCACAUGUCACUUAGGGUUAGCAUCCCAUCUCAGUUUGGACUGAUACAGCCAGUUCCCAGAAGCGGUUCAGUCAGACCGUCCAAACCAUCCUGAAGAUGAGCCUCGUAACAACCCUGCAGUGAGAGAGUUGCCCAUCUGUCUUUCACAGCAAAAUGGAGCAAUCACGGGAGCCCAGUCUGUCUCAAACAUGCUUGAUUGCUGCACAAGCUUUGUGAAUGUUGCAGUCAGCUCCUUUCAGCUCAGAGGAAGCGUUCAGGACUUUCUUCAGCCAUUACUUGAAGACAUCUCAGCUCAUCAUUAGUCUUUUGUUGGUCAUCUUUUGUAUCCCACAGUCUAACAUCACAGGUUUUCUCCCUUCAUUCCUGCCAGUCAUGGGGAGUCUGUUAUAGAAAGUUCUUACAGGAGCUAUUGAGCAUGCUGUUCCCACUUCCUUGGCUCCCUUUCCUAUAAGGCAUUGUGGCCAUAUGUGGCCGAUAGGCCCAGAACUCCACAAUGAAAGCCUUGCAUCAAAUCCUGGUGAUUUUCAUCGUCCAUGAUUCCGCUCUAUGUAAAAGUGAUCAGUCAGAGUAUCAUGCAACAAAAUCAUGCAAUAUCACAGACCAAAAAUAAGAUUUUUUUAAAGUAUUUACAAAUUGAAAGUCAAGAAAAAGUCUCGGUGUGACCAUGUUCAGGAUUUGGCGACAUUUACAGACCGAACAGCGCAGAUGCUGGAGGGAAAAUACAAAGCUUAAAUCAUGAACACAUCAAACCACUGACACACUGAUUGAAGAAGCACAAAUGAUUAUCAAGCAUUGGCAUUUACAGCAGCACAAAGACAGAGAGACGUAAAGGCAACAGAAAAUAGGCACAAGAUUUCUGUGUUUUGAGAAAUUGUGAUAAGACCCGGACUUAAAAAAGAACUAGGUAAACAUGACAUGCAAUUGUAGGAUACUUGAGUCAAAAGUCUACAAUUUUCUGAGGAAAAUUUGUUUUCACCCACAUUGGAAUGUAAAAAUUGUGCUUUGAUUGUAAAAAUGAAAGAGAGGAGUUUACAGAAAUGAUGCAUCCUUUUGAAACAAGCGCUUGCUGUAACUAUGUUUAUAAAUACAUAAUAUGGCCAAAAGUACACGUACUUGUCCUCUGGUGUACGUUUGAAAGGGGGUUUUUGAUUCCAGAUUGGUAGAAUAUUUUCACCGCAGUGAAAAAAGCAUUUUUAACACUUUUGUGAAGAUCAUUUCAACACUCUUUUGCACCAAGUACAACCUAAAAUAAACAGUUUUUUUUAGUAGUUUCAAACUGUUUUUCACUUGAGAGCUGGACUGGCCAGCAGAGAGACUCAAGCUAAACCCUUCAAACACCUUGUGGAUGAAGUGGAAUUCUCCUGCAAGAGAGGCCUUAUCACCAAAUAUCAGCAUCCAGCUUCAUAUUGUAGCUUAACUGGAGCAAGCCUCUGAUGCCUAAACCUCAAAAUCAUGUUGGAAGCUGUUUCUGGAGGAGUGGAUGCUGUUAAAGCAAUGUUUUAAAAGCCCUCUUGGCUGAACACCGAUAUGCUUUUUCAUUGGUUCUCCCACUUUUUUGCCAUAUACAGUGAAUAAAAGAUUUACAGCUCCUUUUAUGCCUUGUGUGUUACAAACCAAAAUAAUAAAAACUUAAUGGACACAAAAGUGUUUCCUGUACAAACAUAAGCUCACACGUAAAGUACAUUUACUUUUUGCAAACAUCUUGCUUUAGUUCACAUUCCACAGAGGUUCACAUUGCAAGUGUAAGUGCUGGACUGACUGUAGUUCCUGUAUUUCCUGUGUGGUCAUGGUGGGAGAAUCGCGGCUUAGUUCUGGACCUCAGGGGGUGUCGUGCGCUUGGUGUUGGGAGUGCUGCAGCACUGGUUGAGAGCGUCCGUGGAUAUCUGAGCGGUGCAGGCCACUGUGUUGCUGUAGACCCUGCGGUUCAGUGGGAUCACGGUGGUCUUGGAGGGCACAGAGAUAUUGCCGUUCUCUGCUGACCAGUGGUCACAGUGAAACAGGAUCAGGAAACACCUGUAGAACUGAGAAAAGGGGUUUUGUAAAUAUGACGCUUACAUUAAGAACCUCUUGGUUUGUCAGAAGGAGGUUGUCCUGAAUUUGUUCAAGACUUGUGGUAACGGUGUGUUCAGAGUUUUCAGGGUUGUUGUUCAGAGUUUGAUAAAUCUAAAGUCAUCCCUUAGUGCACUUUCAUGUCAUUAUAGUAGCUAACAUUUAUUAAAGCCAACUGAACGGAGAAAUAGCUUCUUAAUGGCUUGUUGCACAGGAAAAGAAUAUACCCACCUACACACUUUGUCAGUUUGACCUUUGUGGUGAAUCAACCGAUUAGACGAACGCUCUGAGAGGUGCCCUGUCAGACAUGGGUAACAGCCUAUGUAUGUUUCUUGAUCGCUCAGACCAGAGUCAUAAUGAAAUCUGUUUGUUGUUUCUGUUUUGCCAUCAUUUUUUCUCUACCUCAGCAAAGACAGCAGUCCAAAAAUGGAAACAGAAAAAGUAAAUUGACCAAAAAUCACCCUGAAAAAAGUGCGUGCGUUCUUAAAACUCCAGAGACAUUUCACAGAUUGGACUACAGGAUAUCAUGACUGCUAAGAGUUGAUAACCAAUUGCUUCACACACACUCAUUCACACACUUAAAUUGUCCUCACAUUACUACACUGGCAGCAGAGGCUCAUCAGGCUGUAAUCCAAAGUCAUUUAAAGACAUUAUCACACUGUAAUAUCUAACAGCAGUGAUUUAGGAUUCAGUAUCACCAGUCAUCUUAUUUAAUACUAGAAAACCAUCAUUCAAAACAAGAUAUACAAGUCUAAUGAGAAAAACUGAAGAAAAAUGUUCAUGAAAUUAAAAUUUAAUGGGUUUGUAUUCGGGGUAAAGUAAUGCGAAGUCAGCAUUCUGAAAGUAUAAACUGAGUGAUAUUAUUGAUUUGUAAAAAGUAAUUGCUCAUUUGAAACUUAAUGCUGGCAUCUUCCUCCUGUAACAACUCUGGAAAUAUUUGGAAUCAGAGAAAAACUGUCUCUGCAGUUUUGACUGUGAAAUGUUUGCCUGACUUAGGAGAUCUUCUACUCAUCAGAUCACGGUCAGCUUUGUGGUACUUCCUAUUUCAUGACGCACCAUAUGGUAAUGAUAGCAGACUGAUUUAGCACCAGGGUGGUUCUACUAAGGAGCCAUGCUAUUGUAAUAUGGGCAGAAUGUGGUUGGUAUAGGUUUGCUGAAACAUGUAAGGCCUUUCCUAACCAAAACAUGAUCUGAAUGGCAGCACAUGUUAAUCUACCAGUAUAUGGUUCAACAUUAAUUAAAGUUAUAGGGUCUCUAACAGAGUGGUGAACCUCAGCCUACCCGGAAAGGUUUCUUUCCCUGUUGUCCCUAACAUCAUCUUUGCUCCUAAGAGUUAAGAACAGCUGUCCAAGCGACCAAUCAGGAUCAAGUAUUUAUAAUAACACAGCUCAGUGAUUAGGAAGAAAGUGGGGUAAUAAAAAAUGUCAACACAUUGAUUUGUGAGGAUUUUACCUGCAUAUUUUUAACCGUAUAGACGGCUGCAGCGAAAAAGGAAGGGGGCUGUGUGCGGGGUUACAAUCGUCAGAGAGAAAAAAGAAAAAUCAAACAAAGCCAGGUGGGGGGAAAAACAGCAGUAGGAGAAAAUAUAAAUGUGAACAAAAUACUCUUUGUGUCGGCACGCACCACGUUAUAUGAAAGAAACCAUGUAGCGCAUGCUGAGGCAGGCAAACUCACUGUCUUCAUUUAUAAUGUAUUCACUUCUAUUCUUAGCCUGAAUUGAAGCAGGUUCUUGCUGAGGGUGUUCACUCUUUUUCGGCACUGAACUUUAUAUUUCCAGGUUUAUAACAAAAGAAAAAAAAAACAAAACACGUAGUUGCUGCUGAGUUCUUGACUUUUGAUUCUGUGCUGAUCCAGUAAAGAUUUUAUGAUUAAUGUUUUUCAUAAAGGUGUAGCAGCUGCUCCGAAUGGAAAUUAUUACACCUCCAUUUUACGUAAUCAGAUUAUUCUACAUUGUAUCCUUGCACCUCUACUUUACAUGCAGAUUGGUGAUGUAUGCUCAUAUACAGAAGAUCGAAAACAAGUUACGUUUGAAAAAGCUGAAAAAAUAAAAAAAAACAAUAAACAAUGCACAGUCACACAGUAGGAUAUGAUUUGAAUCUAAAGCCUGAUACUCACACCUGCUUUAGUCUUGUUCAGUAAUACAGACAUUGUGUACAUGAAAUGCUGGUCUGUUUGUUUUAGAGAGAGAUCAUUUUCUCAUGGUUUUCCAGGAACUUGUAAGUUAUUUUAUUUUGACUACACAAAACCAGUCUUGAGUCUUUGUGCAGAGACUUUAGAGCACAAAGUCUUGUGACAAUAAUUUAAUCAGUAAUUACAUGUGUUACUGUGUUAAGAGUGUGAGUGGAUUUUACUACAGCCCAGUGUGAGCUUUUUGUAGCAGUUUAGGGCUGACAGAGUAAACUCUAAGACCAAAUCCAACAUAGUUUUCUGGGGUGAAUUGUUAUACUGAAACCAUCUGGAUAAAGGCAAAACCAGCAGGUAAAUCUGUGUCCAUCAGGACGGUAAUACUGUAGAGGGGGACUCAAACACAGGGCAAGCGAGCAGAAUUAUUAUUUAUCUGUAGUUACCCAAUUUUAAAAUAUUCAUUUCCUUUAUUUUUGAGUGAUCUUUCAUUUUUUACCUCUUUUAUAUUUGUACCUCUCAAUGUCAUAUUUCUGCCAGGUAAGCUGUGGUAAGUCAACAGGUACCCUACAUGUGAGCUCGACUUUGCACUUCGUUUUUGUGUAUUUUAUAAUACUUUAUAAACUUUAUAAAACACAUCACCUGGUGAACUUUAUAUGAACUGAAAAGGUUUAUGGACUUUGUUGGCUUUGAAGAGAGAAAGACUUACAGUUCACCAGUCCUCAGUCUUUUACGCAAAGCUUCACAAACAGAUUUCAGCUUCUUUCUUUAAAACGGGGAAACAAAAAUGUUUUAUCAAAGACAGGAAAAAAGUGACCCAGAAUAUUGACCCAUUUUGUUAAAUCCAAAUUACUGGAGUCAAGCUGCUAAUUGGCCGGCUAAUGAGAGUAAAGUGGCUUCACUAGUAAGCAGAUUUAAAUAAAAGCCAAGGGUUUUCAGCGAGGAAACACGGGUCUUUUCUUCACAUUCCUGUAAUGCCAUGAAGACCUUUUCCUCUGUGAAUAUCUAAAUGUCUCUUUCUUUCUCUCCCUCUCUAUGCUGAAUUUUCAGGCAUCCUCUUGAUGAUGGCGCUAUGCGAGAAGGUGCACGUGUAUGAGUACAUUCCCUCCAUGAGGCAGACGGACCUGUGCCACUACCAUGAGCGUUACUACGACGCUGCCUGUACACUGGGUGCCUACCAUCCACUCCUUUUUGAGAAGAGCCUGAUCCAGCGGAUCAAUACGGGCCCUGAGAGGGACCUGAGGAGGAAGGGGCGGGUCACUCUUCCAGGCUUGAGCACCGUCAACUGUGACAUCUGAGAUAUGAAAACUGACCCUCUGAGCCAGAAAAUACAAACACACUUCGGCCUUUUGCUGGAUGACUUAGGGAGAGGUGCAAUAAAGCCACAGGAGACAUGGAGGCUGGAGCAUACAAGUUUGAAAUGAGACCCAUGAAGAACAUAAGCCAUAGCCCUCCGGGGGGGGGGGGGGAUCAUCAUGGAGAACUUGUCUUCAUUAAGAUGGUUUACCUGGCCACAGACUGGCAGGAAGAGCCUCGAGGAUGGGGCUGAAAAAGACCUUUCUCUCUGCUUUAGCUGAGCCACGUUAGCUGUGGAGCUGACUAGGGUAGCAACAGAUCCGUGUUUUAGACAGGCAAGUGAAUUUUCAAUAACUGGGUGUGUUUCAGUGGUGUAAACUGUAUUUUUCAAUAGGGUGGUUCUAUACUUAAAGGAAACACCACUGUUUAUAGAGGUGGAAACUUGUGAUUUUUCUCUCUUUUUUACUGGUCCAAAAGGGUUGUGAAAAGGCAAAGAAGUCCUUCGUGCUGAAUGUCAGAAAUGAAACAUAUGCUCUUAAAUGUACACAUUCAUAACUCAAACAUAAGAGGGCAGAGCAGGACGGAGAGAAGCAUAGCUCUAAGCACUCAUGUUGUAGUUCAUGUCGCCUUGCAGAGGGUGUUACCUGUGUGAUUUCCCUCUGCAGUUUUUCUGUGAAGUCAGAAGUUUUAAAGUUUUGUGAAUUUUUUUUUUUUUUAAAUGAUUGAUGUUUUCAAAUCGAUUACUAAAUUUCUCUCCUGUGUAUGCCCACCUGCCAGACAAAUAUGUUUAGUGUUAAGAGGCUUAGGUAAGUUAAUAAAAAAAAAAAAAACAAGACAGAAGGAAAGAGAGAGCACCGGUUUUUGGAUUCACUCCACAAACGGUUUAACAGCCUUUUUAAUAACAGCUUGAUUACAUCAAACUAAACGGGGCCAAACUGGAUUUUCGGUGCUCAGAACAGCUGUAGCCCUGUGCCUAGUGGUCAAAUGAACACUUUCCUUGGGUUGCCUUGUGCCUGUUCAGAUACAUAGAGUAUAAACAGUGGCAGGACUGCGGAGACAUGGAGUUUAAUUGCUGUGGGAGGUGUUGGAGCAGUUCACAUUGCUGAAGCAAGCUGUAUCAGGGGACUCUCAGCUCAGCAUCAGCAACCACCAGCUCCAAUUUUCGAUGGCCAGUUCACUCUUUAUUGAAUGUAAUUUUUACCGCUGCGUGUCACAGCUAAACCCUCCCCCGAGCCCAGCGCUGCAGCGGUGUCUGCAUAUGUGCAGGGUUAUUUUUCGGUCAUGUAACAGGAUUAAGCUCAUUUCCUACAUCUAUAAAUGUCUCAUAUUUUCUGGAUCCUCUAAUAGCAGUGUGCACCUGUCUGCGGCUGCCAGUGGAGACAAUAAUAAAGGAGGACUUUAAGAUGGUAAUAUCAUCAAAAUUGCUUUGUGUCCAGCCAGGAUGAUUUUUUAUGUUUACAGUCAGUCUGUGCAGCAUCUGCAGCGAGCUGUGAAGGGUCAUAUAUGUGUGGUGUGGAGAGAAGAGGAGGUAUUGGUUGUGAUUUGUGCUGCAGGUGAUUGUGGAGAAUAAUCUUGCCUAUGAGCAGAGAUUUUUUUGUUAGUAAGUGUCAUAUUCUACGAAAUGUUCUCGUGCCAUUGGUUGUGGUUUGACAAAAGAUGUGAAAAGCUGACAAAGACAAGUUCCCUGGAAUAGCUCGUAGGUUGAGUUAGAUGGCUUUGAAGUUGUAGUUUGUAGAUGAUUCAGGGCUUUGCAUUAUUUGUUGUCAAGAGGGGCUGGGUAUCAUCCAAGAUUUUAACAAAAAAUGUCUUUUUUCUACAAGAUAACUUUGUUUUAAUUAUAAAAAUUAUUUUUAAAAACAACAAAAAAAGUGUCUGACAUCUAAAUGUCAAUUGAGAGCAGGUGGAACAUUAAUGAUAAAAUGUACAGCUUCAGUUAUUUAUAAUGCAACAGCGCAAAACUUACAAACAAGAGAUCAAAGUUUUGGGGAAUUCAGUUGACUUAGAGCUCCUAAAUAUAAAUAAAUAAAUCAGCAAACUGUUUUAAUACAAAUAAAAAUGUUCCUCUUGAUGAUGGAUGUACAGCACUGCUGUUGCAUUUGAUGAACUUUAAGUAAGGUUUUCCUGAUAAACUGGCAGCUUUGUCUGCAAAGAUCGAAAUAAUCAGAUUGACUAAUUUCAGACCCACUUUGAUGAAAAUCAUGUUUUUCUUUUUGUCUACAUGUUCAUAUGGCAUUUUUCUGAUGCUACAGAACUUAUCAUGAGAAAACUCAGCGCAAAAUUGCAUUUCUGAGUAUUUCUGCUUUCAAAUCACUGUGAACCUCUCAGAGACCCAAACGGCAGGUUCAGACAGUGUGGGACUUCCUAUGUCAUGACAAAACAAGUGUGUGUGUAAACGAAUUGCAAUACUCAUAAGAAAGCUAAUUAUGAUUUUAACUUUCAUCAUGUCCCCCAAAGACAUACGUGUCCAAGAGCUGAAUAGCUCCUAUGUUACCUGCCACUUCUGCUGCACUGGCAAUGUUAGGCUGCAAGCAAGUGUGACGACAUGGGUGCAGAGCAGUGCUGUUUACGCCCAUGACUCAGAAUUGCUAAUGAGCUACUGGAGCUCUGCAGAAGAAAAACUUUAUAAUUACAAUUUAAGGAGCACUGAGACCACAAAAUAAUUUUUAAAAAAUCGGAGUGGGAUUUUAAGUGAAUGACAUGACAAAUUUUUUCAUCACAUUGAUGCAAAAUUCUGUAAGUCUGUAAGUUUUGCCGUUAAGCAGUUUUCAGUAUUUGGCAGCUACUUUGACAGAAAUUGGAUAAAAGUAACUCUGAAAAUGAAGAGGAGAGCUCAGAUUUUGUACAUUAAAAUUUCUUGGCUGUGCUUCCCAGGCGCACUUGACUGUUUCUGAUGCAACAGAUUUAUUUUGCUCUGGUUGCAAACAGAAGUUUGGUUUGAUGCUCAGCCCCGGUUUAUGCAUUAGUUUUGCAUGUUGGUAGAAGAGUCUUGGAAAAAGUAGCCGGUUUGGUCAACAACAGCUAGAGAACUGUAUAAGAGAUUUAAUAUGUAGUCUGAAGAAAACCGUUUUUAAAACUUAAGGAGAUUUUUCACUCAUUUUGGUUCUGCUGUAGGUCUUUUUCUGUUGAAAUAAAUGAUCAGAUGUUUAUUACUUGUGAUUGUAACACACUGAAAGUGCAUACCCCUGAAAAUAUAAUACAUGUAUAUUUCUGAUACCAUUGAUUACUUUCCAAUGCACAGAGCAUGCAAAUCAGGAUCAGGGCUAUUAGUCUUAAACUGUCUGUGCUGUACUGUGCUGCAAGUAGACACCGUUUUCAUCAUAUUUUGAGAAGGAUUGUGCUAUAACAAUUUAUUUUGAUUUACUUUAGUGGUGUUUUGCAGAUUGUAGUGCAUGCUUGUAGGUAGGGGGGCCCCUACAAGCUGUGGUUCAGCUAACAAUAGAUUCCUGGGAGCACUUGAGGAGGUGCAUUUCCUUCUGAAAUUUCAUCCUGGUAUCAAAACAUUGUGCCAAAUUUCAUCUUGUGUUAAUGUCUUAAAAAGGUUAAAUAUGGAGGGUGAGGGAGACUAGUGAUAGCAGGACCUCUUGGGUGCUACAGUUUAUUUCUGGGAUGCUUUAAGUGGAAAAUGAUUACAUUUUGAAUCCCUCAAUUUUAUUAUCACACCUGUGAAGAGGUUGGAAAAUAACAGAAAAAGAACUGCUAACACUGUUUCUUACAUUUUUCCCUCUCAGCCUCUUUCUAUUCUUGUUUCUCUUGAGGCCUGAUUUUUGUGUUUUUUUUUUUUUGUUUUUUUAACUUAGUUUUGUGGGAAUUGCUGCACCACACUGCCUCUAACAGAUUGUAAAACAUUAUGUUUCCCGUCUGCAGCUUCUUACAGCAUUCUAGGAAGGAGGAAGAAGAAAAAGAUGCAUCUGUAACUGGGCAUAAUAAGAGUGAAAGUCCUGUUUUACCCCAAGCAGCCUUGGGGUAUCUUUUUUUGAGUUGAUUUGUUAGCGAAUUCUCUUCUUCUUACACUUGAACUGCUCUAAAAGUAGACCAUUUGUAUGAUUUCAGUUGUUGUAAUUUGUCUUUUUUUACUGUGUAAAUAAAGUUGUUGUCAAGGUAUCUGUCUCUGACUCACCUGUUUAUUCAUGAGGAUGUAGAUGAGAGGGUUGAUGACCGUGCUACUCUUAGCCAGCAGUGAAGGCACCACGCUGGCCACAGGGCUGAUGAUGCUGGGUGGCCCGAAUGUCGCCAUCAUGGCCACGAUACCGUAAGGCAUCCAGCACAGCAGGUAACAGGCCGCUGUGGUCAAAACCAUGAACAGAAUGUGGUACUCUCUCUUUCGUGCGGCUGUCUUUCUGAUCUUCCCCACCUGCAGAGAGAGUUGUGGAGGGUUAAUGAGGCAGCACAUCCAGCUGAGAUUUUUUCCAUAAUCACCACCCUGAGUAGUGAAGCGCUCCUUUCACCCAAAAGAAGUGAAUCAUGACAGCUUUGAUUCAUUUCCAGGUCUCAGGACAGCAAGUGGUUCCUUUGAUUUCACUGUAAUUUCAAUCGUUUGAAACCUUGAACACUUGAAGGAGCAGAGGUGUUUUUAGACAGACAUCAACCUGAGAAACUUUGUUUUAACCUUGCAUUCAUAGCAGCCGAUUGCAUAAGCCACACUGCUGCUCCUGUCAAUGAAACCGACUGAAAUCCAAGAGAUGGUAUGAAGACAUCAAUAUAGAGGAGGUUUCAUUAGACUUAACCUUUCAUUCUUGACACACAACAAGACACAAGGGAAAAAAGGUCAAACUCUGAGACUUGUUAAACACUGAUAUAAAAGCAACCCAGUCUAUCAGUAUAAAGGGCGUAAAAAGAUACACUCAAUCUCCCCGAUGUAUUAGGUCAAUAACUUAAACUGGUGAAAGUUCAGUCCCUAUUUGUCCCCUUUUAUAAGGAGUAUAGAUAACUAUUAACAUGACUAUGUCUCAAACACCAAACAAAUAUGUAGUAGAGGAUGUCAAUUCCAUGUACUUCAAAAUGACACAAUAUCUGUUAAUUCUCUGUUCAAUGAUAUUAAAAAGCAGCAAUCCAUAUGAUAAAACAAACAAACAAACAAACAAACAAACAGACAAAGGGAUCUUUUGUCCAAUUUUCAAUCCAAAGCUGUCGCGAGCAAAAGAAAGACAUAGAGUGAGCAACAGUGGCCAAUCAAUACUAAGAUAAAGUAAAGACAGAGAGCACUGCCAGAGACAUCAAAGUGGGGAAAGUCAAAAAAAUAUAUAUUUUUUCAUAUAAGUCACUGUCUGGAGAACGUAUGUGUGCACACCUCUGCACAAACACAAAGAUUUUGUGUGUCUCUGUUCUCUUCUCUGUCACAGCCACUCUGCUGUUAACUCUCCCUGUUAAUAGUUCAGUGGAUACUGAGGCUUGACUGGUCCUUUUACCAUCCAAGUAAGUCACAUGGUAUACAUAAGACUGUUAAAAGACAGACAGCAAACUGAGUGAAGUGACAAGGUCCCAAUUUGCUUAUCAGCUCCAUAUGACUGCAGUGAUUGACAUAUGAUCAUUGCUGAGCAAAUUAACAAGAAAACUGCCUCCUCUGAA